AUGGGAACUUGGAGGGGCACAUGGAUACCAAUAUGUUCCAUUGUACUGCUUGCCUGCUUUCAUGCACAAGGUAAGCAUCCGUUAAUCAAGUGAAGACUCAAAUGCUCCAAUGGAAGAAAAAUAAUGUGAUGGAGAUUAGAUAGAUAGAUAUAUAGAUAGAAUUGCUGCAAACUGAAGGUUUGCGUCAAUACAGAAAAUAAUAUAUUUACAAAAGAUGAAGGAAAACCAUGAUAAAAUUGUAUAUAUUUUUUACUUUCAUUUAAGGUGUACCAAUUUAUAUAACUUAGAAUGAACAUAAUAAUAAAAUAUAAUUUUAGUUAUUAUAGGGUUAACAUAAACCUUAUAGUAGAUUUAGUAUAUAAAUAAUAUUUCAUGGUUAAUCUGCUUUAUUAUAGUUGUGGGUAUUAAAUUGCAGACGCAUUAACAAUCCAUAAAACAAGAUUGCAUAUUCCUCAAUUAUAAUGUUUAACCAUGAUAACUACAUGAAUUACAUGAAUGGAUAGUAACAUGCCCGCACUUUCAUUAGAGUAGUAAUAGAAUAGUAUAUCUUAUUUAGAGUAGUAUAUUUUUAUGUACUUUAUCUAUUUUUUUAUUAAAUAAUUGAUCUUGCCAACUGCUAGUCAGGUAGAGAUAGCAUCAUCCCCAAUCAGAAGUUGGCUGGUUCUAGAUUGUUAUAAAUGCAACUCAACAGCUUCUGGAAGGACCACAAUCCAUAACAACAAAAUAAUAUACUGUGUUUAAAUACAAAACUACCACUCUCAAUCUAUUCAUGUAGACAGGUGCUUAGUUAUCAUAAUGCCAUGAAUAAAACAUUUUUGGGGUUUAACAUUGUAUAGGGUCACUAGAAAGACACAGUAUAAGAGCAUCCAUUCCUUUCCAGAUGAUAGACAACUAUUUAGCAAAUGCUGUAACAGCAAACACUGUUCACAGUCCAGAACAUAAAUAAGUGAAUUAUAAACAAAUCAUAUUUCUUAAUUCUUCCUUUCUCCUUUUUUUUUUUUUUCUUAAAAAGGUUCAAUCGUCCUUCAAAGUUCAGUGCAGCAGACAUCUGGUAAGUGAUCUGUUUACAUUACACCAAUGUAAAUUUUACACGCUUAAUAUAUAUCAAUGAUGAAGUGAUUAAUUUCUUAUUUUCCAAUUGUCACUAUUAAUAAUAACAGAAGUACAAUAAAUAGAUAAAUACAAAUGCAAAAAAAAAAAUACAUUGGAAUUGGAUUACAAAUACAGGAGAUUAAAAAAGAGUUAUAUGCUGUAGUUGGUUAGAGACUUGGAGAUUCAUUAAGUUACGAGCUACAAUUAUCGGAAUUUGAGACAAUCUGGUGAUUGGCUGAAUUCCAAAACUCUAAGCCAAAAUGUAGCCAAAUAACAAACCAAGCUAAAUGUGCAAUGGCCGAACAUUACAUUUUUGCAGAACACCGAUUGUCCUAUUUCUGCAGCCUUUUGGCUUGUCUGUUUAAUUUUCUCUAAUGUUUCUUCAUUAAUGGAAUUUGACUUAGCCGAACUGCCGUAUGACUGAGAAAUAUUUAAUCAGAGGUGAUUCGUCCAAAAUUAAUUUUUGCACAAAGAUAGUGGCAAAAUGUACUUAAUAAAUAGCUAAACAAUUUGUGAUUUCUUUUUAUUUUUUUACGAUUGCAAAACAAAAUAAAUGCUAUACAAAAUGUGCACACGUAAGUAAAAUAUGUUUGCAAAACAACUGAAAUAUGUUCAUUUAAAAGGGAAUUAAGAGAAUAAACCUAGAACUAUCUUGCAAAAUUGGAAAGUUAGGCUUAAUGUGAAAGGAAUGACAGUAUCUCCAAUGUCAUUAUUUCCUUAUAGAUGUUUAAUUCCGUGCUGUAUGGGAUAGGCAUAAGGCUAUCCUAACUAUAAAAUAAGGCCAGGGACUAAUGAAAGUAUUUAGAAAAUUGGGCAGACUAGAUGGGCCGAAUGGUUCUCAUCUGCCGUCACAUUCUAUGUUUCUAUGUUUCUGUAGUAAUGUAGAAAUUGUAGAUAAGAAAAAAUGCUGUGCUCACCUCUAUAAAAGUCCCCCAAUCGAUUACAAUUGCUUUGUUUGAUAAGACAAUCCAAGAUCUGGUGUAUGCACUAUGGUAGGCACUUCAUAAACUCAAGCAACAAACGAAAAGCACCAACUCUCCAGGACUUAAAAUAGUACAGUAUAAAACCUAGCUUUUAUUAGUAGAUACUGUUUAAAAGCACAUUGUAAGUAAGAGAUAUGGGUCACAAAAUCAUUACCAUUAAGAACACUGUACUGUGCAUAAUCUACAUGAAAAGCAUAUUGUGAUCCACCCCAAGCAUGCUACAUCUUAGAGCUUAUGCAUAGGUAUUCAUGUAAUCAGCUUCUUAAGUAGAAAUAGCUUAAUUAUCAAUCAAAGUUAACUCCUCGUGUUCCCAUGGGUAACACAGGGCAUCCUAUUUCAUGCUCAUCCAUCACAUGAAUCUGACAAUAUCUACACUUUUUCUACACAAGAAAAAAUAAUUCAAAGAACGUAAUGUACACGUGAGAAAAUGUGAGAAAAGACAAUUACCGAUUUUAAUUAUAACCAAAGCUGCCUGCAUGCAUCAUAGCCAUCACAUAAAAGGCAGAACAGAGUCAAAUAAAUCUACAAUAUUCUCACAAAAACAUAGUUAACUUUACACAAAGCAGGUAACAUCAUAUAUAAAGUUUAAACCUAUGCAAGCUCUUGUUUGCGAGUAGAAAAUCCAUGAGGUCUCAAUUAAUUUGAAAGGUUUCUGUCACCACCCCUAAUACCGCCUUUACUCUUUGUAUGCCUUGUAUCUACAAAUACUUUCCAUUGGCCCUAUUACAUAGUCUAAAGCAGGGGUCCUCAAACUCCGCCCCCCCCAGAUGUUGCUGAACUACAACUCCCAUGAUUCUCUGGCUACCUAUGUAAUUCAAAAAAUCAUGGGAGUUGUAAUUCAGCAACAUCUGGGCGGCCGGAGUUUGAGGACCCCUGGUCUAAAGUGCCUCACACCGGAGGCGAAUUUGGAUUGUUAACAUCAAUGAUAGAAUUUAUGUGCUCUCUCAUUCGGUCUUUAAGGAGACAAAAUGAUCUCCCACAGAAAUAUAUCCGUAGGUCAUGCAUGGUUUGGUUUCACAUCUAGAUGUUGUUUUUUCUUACUAAACCAAGUUUGAUUUUGUUUUGCUGCUAAAUAAUGAAGGAACUCAUAAAGUGCCAAUAAUACACUAGUUAUAAGUAGUUAUAUUCACUAAACAGUGCUCUGACAGUUGACAUGCAAAAGUUAGGUUAUGGUAGAUACGUUGAAAAAGCUAUUCCCAAUAUGGCUCUUUUUCCUGAAUUUAGCAAGUUAGUUGGCAACACACCAUAUCACACUGUUAAGUAAAUAUAUAACUAGAGAGUUCUGUAUUUUUUUUUCAAAACAAUUAGACAUAAUUUAAAAAAGUAUAAACUAUCCACUAUUGAGUUACAGCCUCUUUCUUACCAGUAUUAAUUUUGUGGUGUCUACAUUCACUUAUCUUCAUAGAAGAAUGGGUGUGUGUGCACUUAACAAGUUAAUAUUUACCUUAUAGUUUGUCAAACACUACAUAUUGAUAGGUACUUAGUUCUCAAAACAAUUGGCAGACAGGACUGUAAUGCAAAGGCCAGUUCAUGUAUUUAAAUGUAUCUGUCCAAAUGAUGUGUAUUACAUUUCGAAAAUAAACUGAAUGUCAUGUUGAGAGAAGUGUUUAGAUAAAUGGGAAACAUUUUUAGUAACAUUAAACAAAACAUAUAAAAACAUAACCUAUAUAUAAAAUAAAAAUCACAAUAAAAAAUUAAAGGUAAUCAUUACCUUGUGUUUUAUUUAUGUACUUAUUUAAUUUCUACAGACGUGCAAUCUCCAUUGGUGAACUUCAUCGGAACAACUGUGGCUCCCAUUGUUAGAAGUAAGUAUCCGAAUUGUUGUAUUGUAGGAAUGAUAUCUGGAUUAAUCUUGAAAGGUUUCUAAAAGCAAAUCACUAAAUGGUAUCAGAUAACUUUUUACUGUGGUUACGGCCCUGCCAUGUUGUUCUCAUCAGCUGAGAUGAUAGAACUUUUCUAUGGCUAAAAACACAUGAAAAUAUUUUCUUCCUACACAAAAAUACUUUUCCUUUUUGCAGUCUAUCUACAUAUCCAAAUAUGAACUAGGCAACUAAAUGGGGGGAUGGACCCCCAUUUAGUUAGUUUUAUUUAGAUAAUGCAUUAAAAUAAUGCAAAAUAAUUAAAUAAAUUAAAGAGAAGAAAUAAAGAAAUAAUAAUUAAAAACAAAUACUUUUCAUCAAAGUUCUAUGUAAAUGCACAGUCCAGAGUGUUCUUCUGUAGUUACAAGUAGAUCUUCAUGAGGGAGAGAAAUUCCAAUCAGGGGUGUAUCAUUCAGACCUAUGGGGGUCUGUUUAUAUGUAAUAUAUACCUGUCCAUCGGAGGUUAAUUGGAUGAGUAUGUAUGUCCCAAGAGCAGUUCUAUUUAGGGCAUAUGAUUAGUGGAACAGCUCUAUAAACUGAUUGCAGCCGUAUCAUGGUUGCUCUUUGGGAAAGAGAGAGUGUUCACCCCAAAUCGUAGGCAGAGUCCACAUACAACUUGGAUAAAACAGAUAUUAGACAGCCAGAACUUGGUAUUCCAGAGUUUUAUGACUGACAGCCGCAAAGCGCUAUAUUAAAGCUGCAGCACUUUUUUUUUUUUUUUUUUACAAAUUGCUGCAGUUCUACAGCUGUGAAUGCAUGAUGGUACUGGUUGUGAUGCCUAGAUCAACCCCUUCAAGCUCAUAUACAAUGUUACAAUUCUGUAUCAGAUUAAAAUUCGCCAGAUUUGUCCCACUAAAUAUAAGAUUGUUGAAUGAUAUGUAGUCAACCUGGAAGUGCAACUCAUUCAUGAUGACAACAUUCAUAAUGAAAACAUAAACAUUUAAAAAAGGAAAAGAUUAGAGAAAAAAAAAAUGAAAGAAUGUUGUCUUAACUAAAAAUGUGUCUGUUCCACUUAAUAUUACAUUAUAGGAUUUUUUUUCUCUUACCCUAUGUCUUCUUCUUAUGAUAUUGUGAUGUACACAUUGGACACUUGAAUAAAGUUAGAACUGAAAAAAAAAAAGAAAAGAUUACCUUAGGGUACCUAUAAUAUAUAUAUACACCUUAUAACCAUACCUUAUAACCUGUAACCUAUAAACAAUACUUCAUACUUAAAACCUGUAACUCAUUGACUUAUAGAUAGUGUAUCUAUUCACAAUGGACAAGUCUGCAGUUCCUGGGGUAAUUACAACUUCAAGACAUUUGAUGGGGACCUAUUUCAUUUCCCUGGAACCUGCAAUUAUUUGUUUGCAUCCAACUGCAAAAGCAACUACGAAGACUUCAACAUUCAAAUCAGGCGUUCCAUUGUGAAAACACUGCCCACCAUCAGCAACAUUGAAAUGAAGAUCGAUGGCGUUUACAUUGAAUUGAAGAAUAACAGUAUAACAUUCAAUGGUGACCCGUGAGUCAUUCUUCAUUUUUCUUUGACUAAAACUAAAUGCACGUAGUUUGUGUUAACUGCAUACUCACAUAUAAUCGUUUUUUUAGUUACUUGCUGCUUUCACAAUAUCAAGAAAAAAAUACCAACAUAAACUAUUAUAUAAAUGUCUAAGUAAUGAUUAUUCCGUACAAAAAUUCUUAAAGUGAACUGCCAAAGCAUUUUAAAUAUUGUACACUUGUAGUGACACUGAAUUUAAAUAAGAACAAAAGCUAGUGUAGGUAUGGAUAUGGUACAUUUUGGACCAGUGAAAAUCAUUGAUACUCUCCAUUGAUAGCAUCUGUCCACUUUCAUCAAACAAGAAUAAAACAUUAACAAGGUAAUUCACGAAAUGAGCAUUCAUGUGAAUGUCAAAUUGAAUGUCAAAAUAGUCAAACCUGAAUUGUAUAUUUAGUGAAUAACCCUGCAAACAUUCUGUUCAUCUGACUAUAUAAAUAUCACACAUAGAAAAACUCCAAUUGAAGAAAGGGCUGGGUCACUGUAAUCCAAUUGGAAUUGUAUAUUCAUAAAAAGUAAUUAUUAUAGUGAAAUAUAGUACUAUAGGUAUUACAUGGAUUUCAAGAUCAGAGACAACAUUGGUUUACUUCAGGGAGAUCAUGCCAAACUAAUCUUAUUGAUUUUUUUUGAUUGGGUAACUAAAAUUAUAGAUCAAGGUGGUGCGGUAGACAUUGCUUACCUAGAUUUCAGUAAGGAUUUUGACACUGUUGCACAUAGAAGGCUUAUCAAUAAACUGCAAUCUUUAAGUUUGGAUUCCAAUAUUGUUGAAUGGGUAAGGCAGUGGCUGAGUGACAGGCAACAGAGAGUUGUAGUCAAUGGAGUAUAUUCGAAGCAUGGGCUUGUCACCAGUGGGGUACCUCAGGGAUCUGUACUUGGACCCAUUCUCUUUAAUAUUUUUAUUAGUGAUAUUGCAGAAGGUCUUGAUGGUAAGAUAUGUCAUUUUGCUAAUGAUACUAAGAUAUGUAACAGGGUUGAUGUUCCAGGAGGGAUAAGCCAAAUGGCAAAUGAUUUAGGUAAACUAGAAAAAUGGUCAGAGUUGUGGCAACUGACAUUUAAUGUGGAUAAGUUCAAGAUAAUGCAUCUUGGACGUAAAAACCCAAGGGCAGAGUACAGAAUAUUUGAUAGGGUCCUAACCUCAACAUCCGAGGAAAGGGAUUUAGGGGUGAUUAUUUCUGAUGACUUAAACAUAGGUCGACAAUGUAAUAGAGCAGCAGGAAAUGCUAGCAGAAUGCGUGGUUGUACAGUGAGAGGUAUUAGCAGUAGAAAGAGGGAAGUGCUCAUGCCAUUGUACAGAACACUUGUAAGACCUCACUUGGAGUAUUGUAUGCAGUACUGGAGACUGUAUCUCCAGAAGGAUAUUGAUACAUUGAAGAGAGAUCACAGAAGGGCUACUAAACUGGUUCAUGGAUUGCAGGAUAAAACUUACAAGGAAAGGUUAAAAAGUUAAAGGAACUUAACAUGUAUAGCUUGGAGGAAAGACGAGACAGGGGGGAUAUGAUAGAAACAUUUAAAUACAUAAAGGGAAUCAACACAGUAAAGGAGGAGACUAUAAAGUUUACAAGAAGAAAAAAUACCACAACAAGAGGACAUAGUCUUAAAUUGGAGGGGCAAAAGUAUAAAAUUAACAUCAGGAAGUAUUACUUUACUGAGAGGGUAGUGGAUGCAUGGAAUAGCCUUCCAGCUGAAGUGGUAGAGGUUAACACAGUAAAGGAGUUUAAGCAUGUGUGGGAUAGACAUAAGGCUAUCCUAACUAUAAAUUAAGGCCAGCGACUAAUGAAAGUAUUUAAAAAAUUGGGCAGACUAGAUGAGCCGAAUGAUUCUUAUAUUGCGUCACACAGGAAAGCGUUUAAAUGUUUAGCAUUGUAAUUAUGCAAUAAAGUGUGUUUUUCUGCAAUAUCUUUCGGUCCCUUUAUUACAGGCCUACCCGUAAGUUGGUUUCCGCACACCACUAUGAACCUUCCCCUCUAUUCUCUAUUUCCAUAUACGAAUUAAGUUCUGACCACAAGUAAAAGGCCAUAGGCCUGAAUUUGUGGGAGGAUAUUUCUCUAUAUAAAUUUUACCCCCCUGCUUACUUAUACCGUUUCCUGUUUGAGUGACUCCACCCACCACUCCCUCUAAUACCUUACUAUCACUAUUACAUUAUCUCUGGUGGACCCUCUUUAAUACAGGCCUACCCGUACGUUGGUUUUGGCACACCACUACCAACCUUACCGCCUUUUCUCUAUUUCCAUAUACGAAUUAAGUUCUGACCACAAAUAUAUAUACUUACUUCUUUUUAUUGCUGAAUGUAUAUUCUUUUCUGUAAAUCCGUUAUAAUAAAAUACAUUAACCAUCCUGGCAUAAUAUUGUCUUCCUGUAGAGUGCAAAUUCCAUACAGUUUCUCGGGAAUACAGAUUGAUAGAAGUGGGUUAUACAUCAGAAUUCUGUCCAAGUUGGGUUUGAAUUUCAUGUGGAACGAAGACGAUGCCAUCCUGGUAAGCUCAACUGAUUAUAUAACCAUCUCUAUAUACUUAAAUUGAUGAUCCAUUUUAAUUAUUGCUUGCCUUAAAUUGUCUUUAUAAAACAUUUUGUUCUUUUAUUUAAAACGUAGUUGGAACUGGAUUCAAAGUUUGCAAACGAAACCUGCGGUCUUUGUGGAGACUACAAUGGGAUUCCAGUAUACAACGAGUUUAUAAUAAACAGUAAGAGGCUCUCUCUUUUCUGGAUAUUGCAAAGAGUAAUGUAAAAAAAAUAAUAGUAAUAAAAAAAAAUGUAAACUAAAAAAAUGUAAACUCACAGUAACAUAACCUCUUUCAGAUGUGCAGGUCAGUGAGAUUCAGUUUGGAAAUAUGCAGAAGUACAAUGGACCUACAGAAUUGUGUCCCGAUUUGUUAACCGCUCCUCGCAACAACUGUACUGACAAUGUAAGUAUAGCAUUGUUUCACCAUAGGACUGCACAACUGCUGACUUCAAAUAAAUAUAAAAAUGUAUAGUUCUUACUAUGGCCCCGAUUUAAUAUUGUUGCAUACGUUUUCCAAAUGAGUUAAUAUUAUUGUUUAAACUUUUAAAAUUAUUUUUCAAUGUACUAAAUUAUCACUUACAAAUCAUAUAUAAAACAUAUAGAAAAUCAAAUUAUAACAAAACUAAAAUAUUUUUCAAAAUAAUAAGCCAUUUUAAAAGGGAAUCCAAAAAUAAUAAUUUAUUUGAAAAACGUAUUCAACAACAUUAAAUCAACCAUAUAUGCAUUACAUUUUAAAUUCUAUGCCUGACAUAAAUCUUAAAUAAGAACCGGUCCUCCAAAUAUCUUUUUUUUUUCUUUUUUUUUAAAUGUCCAGGAAUUUUACUUCCUUCUCUCUCAUUGUCUUCUCAACAAGACUUUGUGACCGUUUUCCCCAUAAUAUUCAGACAUAUAUGUUGGUGUAGUUUAUAUUACGUAGGUAAGAAAUACACAUUUGUAUUCUUAACACAGUUGUUGUCUUUAUCUCAACAGAGAAGAAUGUGUGAAGUUAUUUUGACUGGCUCAGCAUUUUCAGCUUGUAAUGUCCUUGUGAAUCCCACUGAGUAUAUUGAUAGCUGCGUCCAGGACCUAUGCAGAUGUCAAGGAGAUGGACUUGGAUUCUGUCUUUGUAACACCUUUGCAGAAUACUCCCGUCAGUGUACCCAUGCAGGGGGAACUCCAGAAAACUGGAGAAGUGCUUCACUGUGCCGUGAGUAUUACCAGACAAUCCACCAGUGAUCAAUGGGCACAGAAAGCAGUAUUCUGAAAUAUAAUCCAUAUAUUUAAAAUAAAAUAAAAAAUAAUGAAUGUUUGGUUAAGAUAGACUUUGCUGAAUUCAUAAAUUAAGGUAAAUUAAGGAUAGAUAGAUAGAUAGGUAGAUAGAUGGGUAGAUAGAUAGAUAUAUAGAUAGAUAGUUAGAUACUGGGUAGAUAGAUAGAUAGAUAGAUAGAUACUGGGUAGCUAUAUAUAUAUAUAGAUAGAUAGAUAGAUAGAUACUAUGUAGCUAGAUAGAUAGAUAGAUACUGGGUAGAUAGAUAGAUAGAUAGAUACUGGGUAGAUAGAUAGCUAGAUACUGGGUAGAUAGAUAGAUAGAUAGAUAGAUAGAUAGAUAGAUAGAUAGAUAGAUAGAUAGAUAAAUGGGUAGAUAGAUGGGUAGAUAGAUGGAUGUGUAGAUAGAUAGAUGGGUGUAUAGAUUAUAGAUAGAUAGAUAUAUAGAUAGAUAUAUACUGGGUAGAUAGAUAUAUACUGGGUAGAUAGAUAGAUAGAUAGAUAGAUAGAUAGAGAAUGGGUAGAUAGAUCGAUGGAUGGGUAGAUAGAUGGGUGGAUAGAUUAUAGAUAGAUAGAUAGAUAGAUAGAUAUGUAGAUGGAUGGGUAGAUAGGUAGAUAAUGCAUAUCUUAGGAAAUAUAUAGAGAGAGUUGAUAGAAAGAUAUAGGGAGAUAGUUAUUGCAGAUAGAUUGUAUAGAAAACUAUAUCUAUUUCUCUGUAUAUUUUCCUACAUCAUCAUUAGCAUGAUAUAUUAUUAUUAUUGACAUUUAUAUACUGUCAACGUAAUCUACAGUGUUUUCUAUUCUGUCUAUCUAUUUCUUUCUGUAUUUCUCUAGUACUGCUCCAUACUACGCCUAAAUAUUUCAACACCCCGCCUUAUAUUUUCAGUGUUUUUGUCAUGAAACAUAAUGCAAAACUGAAUUAUUUUCUUCUGAUAUGUUUCAGCCGUAACAUGUGCUAAAAACAUGGAGUACAGAGAAUGUGGAAGCCCUUGUACAGACACCUGCACCCACCAACAGAGGUCAUCAGUCUGUGAUGACCAUUGCAUCGAUGGAUGCUUCUGUCCUGCAGGUAAACAUGGAACAGUUAAAUACACAAAGAACAAAAUAAUUAGAACUGUGGUAAAUGUAUUCUGCCCUUUGACACAAAUAAUCUAGGUUUAGUGACAUCAACUUCCAAAUUCCAACAAUUAUCUUAGUUAAGCAGCAACAAGCACUCAAGAUGUUCCUGAGCUAAGCUUCGAUCAUUUUUUCAGCCAGCUUUAAGGUUUGCAGAGUAUAAUGUGAUAUAUAUAUUAUGUUGCAAAGAUUAGCCAUCCCUGCACUACUUUAAACAGAAGUACUACCACUCAUAAAUAUCUGAAUACAUUAACAUGCUAAAAGUAACAUACAUUAUUACAUUAAUGUUUAAGGAACGGUCUAUGAUGACAUCAACAACUCCGGCUGCAUUCCAGUCCUGCAGUGCUCAUGUGUAUUUAAUGGGGAAACCUAUGAAUCAGGAACAGGAUAUUCUGCUCAGUGUCAAUCUUGGUAAAUCUUAUGUACUUAUUGAAUGUGUAAAAUUAUAUUUAUGUAGCACUCCAAAUCUACUUUGAUGUUUGUGUAGCACCCAAAAAACCUUUCAACUGUAGAAAGAAGAUAUGACCCCGUAUAAAACUUGUCAUCUAAUCCAAAUGUUGAUAAAACAGGUACUUGUCAAGAUUUGACCAUGGAAAUACAAGAGUUUAACCAAAAAAAGCCAAAUUGCAAACAUUAUCUAACACCAACAAAGUUUUUUUUUUGCCUUGACUAACUUAUUGACCAAUCAUUCCAACCAUAUAUGGUUGUACUAUUUAUAAUGGACAACAUGGUUUCCUGACUAGGUCUGUCUAUUCUUUUACAAUUCAUAUACUGGCUUACAUCCUAUCAAUAGAAUAAAAAAAUAUAACAUUUGGACUAACAUUAGCAUUAGUCUAGCUAUGUGUUAAGUAUUCUUGUUAUCCCUGUAGUACAUGUUCUGGAGGUAUCUGGAAAUGCUCAGAAGAAGCUUGCUUGGGAUUGUGUUCAAUCGAAGGAGGAUCUCAUAUCACCUCGUUUGAUUCUACAUCGUAUAACUUCCAUGGAGACUGCAGCUAUGUAAUAACAAAGGUAAACAAAGAAAACUUAAUUUGCUAAAUGCUUUCAUUAAAAAAAACAAAAAACUGUAAUACAUUUGCAUGCAUGUUCUUUUAAUGUUCUCCAGGGAUAUUUAGAUAUCCAUGAUCACCCUUUGACUGAGAUGAAAACUCCUAACAUUUUAUUCAGAAGUAGGAAGCACAGCAGAACCUGUAAUUUUGCAUUUGUUAUUCUUAAAUUCUUAAAUUAAAUUCUUAAAUUAGAAUGCAAUAAUCUAAAGCACCUUUUUUUUAAUUAGUUCAUUAUAAGAAUUCAUUUCUGCUUUGGGAACAAAUAGUACUAGAGAAAUAUAGGAGGUGAUUGUUGAAUUCAUAUGUGCACACUUAAGCACGAUGGUGGUUGCUUUAUAGAACACACUGGGCACUACUACAACUUGUUUGUUUUAUAUUCUUUGGUCACAUAUUUGUGCUGUAUUUUUCUCCACAUUCAAAUUUAUUUAGCUUUUUUUUGUAAUAGAAGUUUAUUGAGUUUUUAAUAUAAGUUAAAAAAGCGCCCGCCAUGACGGAGCCUGAAGUCGCUGUUUACCGACUGAAAUGAACUGAAAAUACCUAUACGCCACGCCAAUGCCAACAACAACUGAGCAGUACAUGAAGGGUGAAAAAAAGGAAAAGAACCGUCUAAAAAAAUUGUGGCGUCGAACGCAGUAUAAAGGAGGGACGCGCAACCAAGAUAAGAGUAUAACCCUCGGGUCCGAUUAGAGCCGAUAGACAACUAAGGCCCGAACAUCUGAACCCAUCUCAAAUAAAAACAAGGUAUAAUAAAGGAAACAAAUCCAGAGUUGGAGAUGGACAAAAACCCAACGAAAACCGGCAAUUGAAGGAUGACAAAAAGCAGAGCGAGGCACACCGAAAGUAGUCGUACGUGCUACCUAAUCUAAAUGAUACGACAGUGUGGGGGCUCCAAAGGGCUCAGAUCCCUUAAUACCAAGCACCACCAGCGGACCAAAUUGAUUAAGAUAGGGUCGCCUGCAAUCCCCAGAUUCAGGGUCCCUUCUGGUAUGUCAUCCGAAGGUGGAGGCAAAUGUGAAAUUCCGGGGCCAAGGGUCCAAUCCCCUAUAACAGGUACGGGUUGGAGCUUUAGAUAUGUCUCCGUAAAGUUUUUUCAUAUAAAAACUGGACACCUAACAUACCUUGUAUGUCACGCUAGCACAGCUCACUCGUGUAGAGGAGAACAAUCGGCUUGCCAGUGUGGACUUAAAAGUAGAGUAUAGGCACUGCAGCGGGUCGUACUCAGGAUCUCCUGUAUACUAGACAGGCAUCUGUGUAUAAACAGGCUGUGGUAGGGUUUUUUUUUUACUUCUGCACCACCUAGUCAGUGUAGUCUGGUCGUCAAGGCUGAUCGUAUCGGGGCUAGACGCUUCUCCGGAGUCUAUCUUUCUGGGUGCUUGAUUCAGGGCCUUCACCUUUCCAGUAGCGCUUAUGAGCACUUUACUGGCCUCACCAGGAGAGUCUGACUCAUUAAAGUCGCCUGCCUUCUUUAGAAGGUGGUCGCUGCCGUAUUAGACAUCACCUGUGCUCAUUCCCCCAGAUAAAGGGUUCUCCUGUGGAACGGUCCUAGGCAAAGUGACCUCUAAGGGUAUAACGGACAAAUGUCACCGGCAGAAGCAUCGGGGCAGCACCCCAUAUAGUGACAGAGGCAAGUUUGGCAGCGCAUGCAAUGCCCAAGCGUGAGUAUGUAGCAGCAAGGCUUGGCAUGCAGACAUUCUGGCACAGACAACGCAGGCCAGAUCAAUGGGACACAGACAAAGCAGGCCAAUCAAUGGGGCACAGACAAAGCAGGCCAAUCAAUCAGGCUCAGACAAAGCCGGCCAAAUCCUGGGGCACAGACAAGUCAGGCCCUUCAGUGAUGCACAGGCGAUAAACUGCACAUUCCAUUCUUCUGAUUAAUUGUACAUUUCACUCUUCGGAUAAAAUGUACCUAACACUUCUUCAGAUUAAUGGCACAUAACACUCUUCUGGGUAACUGUUAUUAACACUUUUCUGUGUAACUGUACACAACGCUCAUCUGUGUAACUGUACAUAAAGCUCUUCAGUGUAACUGUAGAUAACAUUCUUCUGUGUAACUGUACCCAACGCUCUUCUGUGUAACCGUACAUAACGCUCUUCUGCAUAACUGUACAUAGCAUUUUUCUGUGGGACUGUCCAUGACGUUCUUCAGUGUAACUGUACAUAGCAUUCUUCUGUUUAACUGUACAUAGCAUUCUUCUGUGUAACUAUACAUAACAUUCUUCUGUGUAGCUGUACAUAACCUUCUUUUGUGUAACUGUACAUAACAUUAUUUUGUGUAAUUGUACAUAGCACUCUUCUGUGUAACUGUACAUAGCAUUUUACUGUUUAACUGUACAUAACAGUCUUCUGUGUAACUGUACAUAGCAUACUGUGUAACUGUAGAUAACGCUCUUUAGAUAAAUAGUGCCUAACACUCUUCUGUGAACUGUAGCUAACCCUGAAGGCAGUGUGAGACACCAUAAUCAACCCUUGCAGCAUAUGUGUAUAAACAGGCAACCCAUAGCAUCCAGCUACAGAAGGUCACCAGGGAACAGAGAGUGGACAAGGAAAAUCAUAAUAAAGCAAAAAACAAUAGUGCUAGUGUAAACUACAAUAGAGAAUCAAAGUUUGACAAGGAGCCAUUCUAAUACAUCAUGAAGGCUCACAGUGUAAACUGUAACCUGCCUCCCCACCGGCGCCUGGACGGAGGGGCCCUGUGGUGUGGGGAGGCCAAAUGAGGUCGGGAGUCGUCGCUCCCACAUGGCCGGGAGCCAUCGCUCCCACGUGGCCGGGAGCCGUCGCUCCCACGUGGCCGGGAGCCGUCGCUCCCACGUGGCCAGGAGCCGUCGCUCCCACGUGGCAGUCAUUCCUCCCACGCUACUCGCAGUCGCGAAAGCUAAACGGCUUCCCAGGGGUUCGGGGAGCAUGGGAGGGAGACAGGCAGACGGGCAGUUCCUGAGCACCGUAAGAGCGGCACGCAAGAUACCCACAUGGGACCGCCGAAAGAGAAAGAAGACAGAAAGAAAGUAGAAUGACAUGCAAGGGAGAGUAGGGAAAGCAGAGGGAAAAAGGCACCCUUACAGACCCCACAGAAAGGGGGGAGGUAGACAGAGCAGGCAAGAAGAAGACACCUGUAUAAGGCACAAUACAUGACCUCACAUCAUAAAAUCAAAUCCUAAAAUCUAAUCACAGAAUCAAAUCCUAAAAUCAAAUCCUAAAAUCUAAUCAUAGAAUCUAAUCCUAAAAUCAAAUCAUAAAAUCUAAUCAUAAAAUCAAAUACAAGUAAAAAGUAUAUCCCACAACCACCCAUAUAUAACAUGAGGCAGUGGUGCUCUGACCUAUACUGACUGCGGAGCAGCAAAGAAAGAGGAAAUAGUUGCUUGGGAGGAGCCUUUUAUGGAUUCCUGACUUUUUUGUCUCUGGUGUUAUUCUCUCUAUGUUAAUGUGCUGCUGUGGAGUUCUAGUAAAGAGAUACUUAAGCAAAUAUGAAGCCUCCUGUCAUGUUGUAAAAUUAUGUCUAUAACUAUUUAUCUAUUUCAUCUGUCUGUUUUGGACAGAAAAAAAAAAGACAUUUGCACAAAAAAAGGUCUCUAGAGUUUAUGGAUUAGGCUUUAUGAGAAAAUCACUAUUAAUCACCUCACUAGAUAUUCGUCUUUCAUAUUCUUUUCUAGACCUGCAACAAAAAUGAUUUCAGUGUGUUGGCAGAACUGCGAGACUGUGGCCUGACAGAUACUGAGACUUGCAUAAAAAGUGUCAGCCUCAGUUUACACAAUGGGACCGAUGUAAGUAAAAAAAUAUAUUUAUUGGCUAUGGAUAAGCCACACACUCUGCUCUUUUCUAUUUUCCUGCCUUAACUCACAUAUUUUUUUUCUUUUUUGUUUGUCAGUUUAUCUAUAUUAAACCCUGUGGAAGUGUAUAUGUGAACUCAUUGUACACCCAGCUACCCGUCUCAUCAGGUAUGCAAAGUGAAAUGUUAACGUUAUCAUAAUAGUUCAAGCAAUGUUGAGAUGGAUGAUGGUCUGUUAUUUUACUCUUAACAGCAGUCUAGAGUUUGCCCUUCACCCUGUUCAGGGACUACAUUUCCCAUCAUCCCAUUUUCUGAGUUUAGAUUCACAACUAGCAGGACAGCAGCUAGCUUAAAUAUCCACAACCAGGUCUGAUGCCAUAUUUCUAUAUUUAAAAAGACACUUUACCGUACCUUUCAACAUUUAAAAUGGACAAAGAGGGUCACCUUCAUUUAGGCAUGAUUGCGGGUGUGACAGACGGGGCUGUUCUGAGAAAAUGUAGGUGACUUACUAAGAACAAUUUAUACAACUAAAAUGUAAUUUUGAACAAGAACAAUGUAUUAUAUAUAUAUAUAUUUGAAACAGGACCCAUCAUUGUGACAUGCUAAAGGAACUAAACUGGCUGUCGCUGGAAUCCAGACGCACCCUUCAUCUUUCCAGCCUUGUUUUUAAGAGCUUCUCUGGGAAACUCCCACCCUACCUGAACAAAAUGCUUUCCUUAGCUGUUCCCACUUUCUAUAAGCUCCGAUCCAGUACAAGCACUUUACUUAGUCUACCUCAAUACAAAAAGAAAGCGGCCCGAUCCUCCUUCUCCUACAGAGCGCCGCAAUUGUGGAACGACCUCCCGCACAAUUUAAAAUCUUCCCUAAGCCUAAAGUCAUUUAAGAGAUCCCUCUCUACAUACCUCAAAACAGAAUGCACGUGUCAUGGUUGAUUAUAUAUUUCCUGCCUGUUCUAUGUUAAAUUUUGUAUAUAUUGUGUAUUAAUAUUGUUUUUGUAUUUUGUUGUACCUAAUGUAACAAUGCAAUGAUUUGUGGACCCAGGACAUACUUGAAAACGAGAGAAAUCUCAAUGUAUCUUUCCUGGUAAAAUAUUUUAUAAAUAAAUAAACAAAUAAUAUAUACACACACACACACACACACACACACACACACACUCUCUCUCUCUCUCUCUCUCUCUCACACACACACACACACACACACAGAUAUUUCUAAAUGCAUUUAUUGUAGUUUAAAGAAAUAUUAUUUGUUAGUAUUAUUGCUGUGGAGCUCUGUUAUACAUUCAGACACACCAACAAUAUGGAGCUUCUAUAAAAGAGACUGUGCCCCCUAAAUAGGGACACUUGGGAGAUAUGUUUUUUUUUUUUUAGUAUGACCACUUGUUUUUCUUAUGCCUCGUUUGGUUCUAUUAAACUGCAUCCAUACAGGAACUUCAAAGGUGAACAUAUAUUUUGUUCUAGGUUUUUAGAUUGUUUUUGUUUAUGUAUACACCGUGUUUCUCUUUUUUAUUAUUAUCUUAAACAAGCAUAGACUUGGGUAUUAUCCUCACUCACCCAGUGAUACAUAUCUUACAAUAUCAUCUUUUUUUUUUUCUGGGCUACAGCCAGUGUCACCAUCUUCAAGCCUUCGUCCUUUUUCAUUAUCGUCCAGACCAACUUUGGCAUCCAACUUCAGAUCCAGAUUGUUCCUCUCAUGCAGAUCUAUAUUUAUCUGGAUCCUUCCUAUAGAAAUAAGGUUUGCGGUAAGGAACAUGUAUAUUUAUAUUAUCAGUCAUCAAUAAAUGUGUUAUUAUUCUGAUAGGAAUAUUUUUGGUAAAUUAAUUAUUCAAUUUCACAUGCAUGAUACAUAGUCUUGAUCUGUAUUCAUUCUGAAUUUUUCAUAUUGGCAAUGCUACCUUCCUGGGUGGUGUUAGGUACAUGGAGUUGGUCACAUUGUCAGCUAACAGAGUUCUGCUUUCACAGGUAUCUGCGGAAACUACAACAAUAUUCAAGCAGAUGAUUUCAGAGUUCUCAGUGGAGUGACUGAAGGAACAGGGUCUUCUUUUGCAAACACCUGGAUGACCCAAGCUGACUGUAAACUAGUCACAAACAGUUUCGAAAAUCCUUGUUCUUUGAGUGUGGAGAAUGGUUAGUGGAGUCUACAAUCAAUUACUAACAAAACUGUGUUUGUUAAAGAAACUGGAUCUGUCAUUCAGAGGCACCAUUUCAGGACUUGCUCCUGUUUUCCAACAAAACAAGAACAUUUUCUCAUUAGUUCCCCCUCGUACGUUCACUUCCUUUUGUUCAUUCAUAUUUUCUCUGUAUUAAAGGAUCACUAUAGGGUCAGGAACACAAACAUGUUUUCCUGACCCUAUAGUGUUAAAACAACCAUCUAGCCCCCCUGGGCCCCUCAUGCCUCCAUAAAUAUAGUAAAAAUCUUAGUGUAUUCAAGCCUGAAGCUGUAACUCUGCAUGUUGUUAGACUCAGAAAAACAAACAGUCUGCUGACAUCAUCAGAAGUGGUAGCCUGAUCCAAUCACAGUGCUUCUCCAUAGGAUUGGCUGAGACUGACAAAGAGGCAGAUCAGGGGCAGAGCCAGCAUGAUUCAAACACACCCCUGGCCAAUCAGCAUCUCCUCAUAGAGAUGAAUUGAAUCAAUGAAUCUCUAUGAGGAAAGUUCAGUGUCUGCAUGCAGAGGGAGGAGUCACUGAAUGUUUGGAUGCAUUUUAGGCAGCCAUGACCCAGGAAGGAUCUCUAACAGCCAUCUGAGGAGUGGCCAGUGAAGUUAUCACUAGGCUGUAAUGUAAACACUGCAUUUUCUCUGAAAAGACAGUGUUUACAGCAAAAAGUCUGAAGGUAAUGAUUCUACUCACCAGAACAAAUUCAAUAAGCUGUAGUUGAUCUGGUGACUAUAGUGUCCCUUUAAUUGUUUUGGAAAAGUUAUACCAACAAUAACAGGAUAAUACUAGGAUAGCUUGUUUGUUAGAGAUGGCAAGAACCACACUCUUAAAUAGGUAAGCAAGAUGCAUACAAGAUCCAUAAAAAAUAUAAAAAAUAGGAGCAACAUAUAAAAUAUAAAAGAUAAAUACUCAGAAAAAAAAAAAAAACUUCCUUGUCAGAGACUUUCUACUUAUAAGGUCACUUUGGAUACACUGUGUAUCAAAAGAGGGACAAAAUAUAAAAAUGUAAAAUACAAUAGAUGUCCUACUCCUUAGCACUUCUUGAUCCAACAAUUUAGUACAUAUUACCUAAAAAAGCGCAAAUGAAACAGGGUUUAUAUGAUGCAACAUUGUUUAUUUAAGACACCAUCUUAAAGAAACGAUAUUGCACUAAAUAAGCUUUUUUAGGUUUUCUGUUUGUGUAACCUAAAUCAAUUCAUUUAGUAGAGAAAACCUAAAAAAGCUUACCUAGAAAUUCUGCAAAUGUUCCAUUUUGAUGACAGACAAAAUUUUUAAAUCAUCUUGUUAGUUCCCCACGCUUUCCAUUUAAUUAAUAAAUCUCAUAGAACAUUCAUAAUUUAAAAUAAGUGCCUAUUGAUUACCCAUUUGCUUAUUUUGUGUAAUGUUUGUUCUCUGUUGUAAGCACACUGAGCAAUUACUGAUGAACUUACACCUAUAUUGAACUUUUUUCUUUGUCUUUUUAUUUUUAAUUUUUUUUUUAUUUUUUGCAGAGAAAUAUGCUACACAUUGGUGUUCCAUGUUAACUGAUCCCAGUGGAGUUUUUGCACCAUGCCAUUCUAAAGUCAAUCCAAACAAUUACCUGCAGGUACGUCAAUGUUUUAUUAAUUUUAAAAAAAAAAACCACUAUGUGUAUAGAGUUUACUGAAAGGGUUACUCCAAGCACCAUGACUACUUCAGCAUUUUAAAGUGGUCAUGGUACCUAAAGUCUGCAUGUGCAGCGUUUUGUACUGCAAUCCUGCAAUGCUGAGUUUAACCCCAUUUGCUGCCAGAGGUGUAGCUUUGUAAGGUCAUGUGUAAUAAUGUCCCGAACUGUUCGCCGAACUGUUCGCCGAACUGUUCGCGAACUGUUUGCCACGGUUCGCUGCGAACGGUUCACCCCGAACUCCAGUCAGCAGACACAUUCCAGCCAAUCAGCAGCAGACCCUCCCUCCCAGACCCUCCCAACUCCAGGAAUGUGUCUGCUGAUUGGAGACCGUGGCGAACCGUUCGUGGCGAACCGUUCGGCGAACAGUUCAGGACAUCACUAGUCAUGUGUUUAGACUGAAAGAAAGAAGAUUUAGUCUAAGGCAAAGGAAAGGGUAUUUUACCAUAAGAACAAUAAGUAUAUGUAAUGAAGAAGUUGUUUUAAACAGCAAGUAGAUGCAUUCUUGCAAAAACAGAAUAUUUAAAGAUAUACUUUUUCAAUAAAGGGUAAAUGCUUCUUGAUUAAAGGAUUAAUCCGUCUGCCCUUCUGGGGUCAAGAGAGAAUUUUUUCCUAGUUUGUUGCAAAAUUGGAAGUGCUUCAAACUAUUUUUUUGCCUUCUUUUGGAUCAACAGCAAAAAAUAAAUACGAGGAAGGCUGAACUUGAUGGACACAUGUCUCUUUUCAGCCUAUUUAACUAUGUAACUAUGUAACUAUGUAAAGGGGGACUGCUGGUCCCCCUUUUUACCACUAUAACGUCUUAAAGCAUAGAAUUUAGCAGGGCUAACAGUACAGAUACAUUAGCUAUAAUACCAUAUAGCUAGGAAGAGUUCCUCCUAAUAGCCUAUAACAGCUUCACCUCCAGUAGCAGCAUUACCCUGCUGGGCAGACAAUGUAACAGAGCAGCAGGAAAUGCUAGCAGAAUGCUUGGUUGUAUAGGGAGAGGUAUUAGCAGUAAAAAUAGGGUAGUGCUCAUGCCAUUGUACAGAACACUGGUGAGACCUCACUUGGAGUACUGUACAUAGUACUGGAGACCGUAUCUUCAGAAGGAUAUUGAUACCUUAGAGAGGGUUCAGAAAAGGGCUACUAAACUGGUUCAUGGAUUGCAGGAUACAAUUUACAAGGAAAGGUUAAAGGAUCUUAACAUGUAUAGCUUGGAGGAAAGAUGAGACAGAGGGGAUAUGAUUGAAACAUUUAAAUACAUAAAGGGAAUCAACACAGUAAAGGAGGAGACUAUAUUUAAAAUAAGAAAAACUACCACAACAAGAGGACAUAGUAUUACUUUACUGAGAGGGUAGUGGAUGCAUGGAAUAGCCUUCCAGCUGUAGUGGUAGAGGUUAACACAGUAAAGAAGUUAAAGGCAUGCGUGGGAUAGGCAUAAGGCUAUCCUAGCUAUAAGCUAAGGCCAGGGACUAAUGAAAGUAUUUAGAAAAUUGGGCAGACUAUAUGGGCCGAAUUGUUCUUUUCUGCCGUCACAUUCUAUGUUUCUAUGUAUUAUAAUGAGAAUGACAGUGCCACCUAGUGGUAUAUUAUAAUAUUAGCUCAGCAAUGCAGUCAAAUUAGCUAUUAUAUGAAAUGGCACAAUGAUCAUAAGUAAAACAAAUUACAACUUAUUUUAUUGCAACAAAAAGCACUUUAGGGAAACUUUAAUGUAAUGAGAGCUGCAGUCAGAGAUAUAAGGAAAUAAAAAAAAAAAAACGAGAUUGGAGAUGCAUUAAAUUUAAUCAAAUAAACAGCCAAAGGGGUUUAAAUAAUGGGAAAACCAUUAUUAGGAAUGGGAAAACCAGAAAAAUGCACAGAUUAGAAAAAAAAGCAAACUUCAAGCAUUCUAUGAAAUGCAUAAUUUCUUGAGCAAGUCAAGAAAAAAUAGACAUCCUGCACUUUUGUACAUUAAAGGAGAUGGCAUUGACCCUUUUUUAAUGCACUGGACAGAUAAUCGCGUAGGUAUAGGUGCAAACAGUCUCAAAUUUGACAGAACCGUCCCACACUUUAGGGUUCUGUUCUAGUAAACAAGUUGCCCCACAUUUUGAAAUAUGUCUGCAGUUUCUGUGCACUUCUAGAGAGGGCAGGCUGUCAGUCAGCCCGUCCACCCUCUUUAGUGGUGUGCCCUUUCAUUUAAGGGCCGACAAGUGCCUUAUUUAGCUGAACCCACAAUUUUUUACAAGUGAACACGUCCCCUUUCCCAUCUGCAUCCACUUCUUUGAUGGGCAGGCCCACCCCUUUUGAUGACUCCUAUGCCCCCUACACUCCUGUACACUUCCCUGUCGACUUACGUGAUUGCAUUACAAAAUAUCAACAAAUAACCACUCAAAAUAAUAAUAAACACUUUUUGCAUAACAUUAAUAAUGUUGAGAUUUUACCUAGUACAAAAUAACUCAGAAAACAAUCUUUAGAUAUUUUAAAAACAAAAGGAAAACAAUACACGAUUCAGUUUAAUUCCUUCAUAUUACUAAGAGGCUGUUAUAAUAUGCUUUUAUCUCUAAUUUUGGGAUUGUAGUAUAUUUGUCAGGCAAAAAUACUGUUUUCAUAAUUCACAAAAAUGAACACUAAUUUGUACUACUCCCAAUGCCACUGUAUAUGUUUGAUGUUUUAUAAAAGACCAGCAAAUAUUAUAUUAUAUAUUUCUUCAUAUUCACACAGAACUGUAUGUUUGACUCAUGUAAUUGUGCCAAGAGUGAGGACUGCAUGUGCGCUGCCCUUUCGUCCUAUGUAUAUGCCUGUUCUAGACAAGGAAUCACUCUUAAUGGAUGGAGACAAAAUGUCUGCAGUAAGUUAUGUGUACCAGCCAAUAUUGUAAUUUGUUAUGGUAAUCACAAACUAAAUCAUGGACAGGGUAAUUUACUAAAAUGGGAAUUGUUGGGAACGAAAAAUUAAUUAAAAGUACAUUUCUAAUGUUAGCUAAAAUAGUCAAACUGAGAUCAUAGAUAAUUUGACGGUUUUUCCAAUUUUUCUGAGAUUCAUUUUGAAUUCACUAUAAACUCAUAGACAUUUGCAGUCUAGUGAAUUACACUGUUAUAUACUUUAAGAGCCCUUCUGUAAGUGUACACUGCAUAAUAAUGAAUAACCUGCAAAACUGCUCUACAAAUCACUGAUACGAGAAUGGUUACACUUCAUUCGCUUGCUCCUGCAAACAUGCAGUGUUCUAAAACUACAACUACCAUAAGGCUAAGCAGUUAUCUUCAAAAAGAAAAAGAAAUAUGUCUGUGACUGACUGAGCUUCAUGGGAGUUAAAGUUCUAAAAUCCUAGAUCACUUUUAGUCAUCCAUAGAACAUUUGAUUAUUCAGAUGAUCUCCAUAAAGUAGGUUUUGAGAUUUUACCUACAUUUGUUCUGUAUCAUACAGAGAUGCAGUAUUUUAAAAAUAUGUGUUUUUUCUUUGCACUGUUUACUGAUCUAGUCUUUCCAUCUGUGUUUUAAGUUCAAAUGCUAUAAUGUAAUAGACUUUACAGCUUGUAACUUUUUAAUGUCCACAGAAAUUAAAAGACAAUUAAAAAUCUAGAAAAUCCAAAAGCCUAAUCCAUUGACAAAUAAUACAACUAUUCUAGUGGUAUCAGAUUUUCCCCAAAAGAAGAUCUAGGUGGAAGGGGAAAAGGGUCAAUAGAUAACGAGAUAAGAGUUAACCCUUCCCCUCCAAGUAACACCUACCCCAAGGUACCCCUCACUCCACUGGCCCAAGACAAAUUAACAAAUUAUGUAUUAUACAAAUAUAUUAUUUGUAGAGAGUAGAGAGGUAAGGGAAGUAAUAGGAAGAUUGAGGAUAGAGAGAGUAGUGGGCGCAUGGAAUAACCUUCCAGCUGAAGUGGUAGGGGUUAACACAGUGAGGAAGUUUAAGCAUGCGUGGGAUAGGCAUAAGGCUAUCCUAGACUUAAGAUAAGGCCAGGGACUAAUGACAGUAUUUAAAAAAUUGGGCAGAGUAGAUGAGCCAAACAGUUCUUAUCUGCCGUUACAUUCUAUGUUUCUACAAGGGAAAAUACUUUUAAAAAAAGAGUAUACGAUAAAGUUAUAAAAAAUAUCAAAUGUAAAUUUUACAUUUUAAAUAAACAAGAAAUAAAUAUGUAGUUUUGGUAACUUCAUGUAGAAGCAUUUGAAAGAGGAAGGCUAGAUGAAAUUGAUUAACUUAAACUUUGUAUUUAAACCUUAGAUACAUACACCACCACUUGCCCCAAGACCUUGUCAUACAGUUACUCUAUAAGCACCUGCCAACAAACAUGUCGCUCCCUCAGUGAGCAUGACAUCACUUGUGACAUCUCAUUUGUACCUGUUGAUGGCUGCAUAUGUCAGAAUGGAACCUACCUUGAUGACACUGGUGCAUGUGUUCUCUCUACCUCCUGUCCUUGUUAUUAUAAGGGUACAGCUGUACCUCCAGGGGAAGUGGUCCACGAUAAUGGAGCCUUGUGGUAUGUAUUUUAUGCCAUGAUUUUAAAGCAAAGUUUUCUAUUUAGUUUGUAUACUGUUAUUUAAAGGGACACUCAAGAUCCUUGCAGCACUUAUGCUUUCUGAAAUGCUUUAUGUGUGAAGAGUGUGUCAUCUUUUUUUUUUUUUACAAAAAGUGCAGAUUUUUAUAAAAAUGGACAGUUUUACAAAUUAACCUGGUUACACCCCCUGGUUUCCAUGCAGACAGAAAGGUCCUGGUACUUCCUAGUUUGUUUAGCUCAGUGGAGAUAAACUCAUGAGGCAGCAAUUGCCCAUUUCCUCUUCCAUUGGGUAUAAGAAGCAAGAGAUAUCAGACACAAUGUAAUGAGAAAUUAGUAUCAAAUGUUGAAGCUUAGCUAACAUAAGGAUGGGGCACUGGCAAAGACUGUCAAAAGUGAGAGCAACUGCCAGUCUUCCAAAUAGUAGACAUACUAUUCCUAACAAGAGUUAAUAGAAAAACAAAGGAGCAGAGGGGAGGGGUUAAGAUACUCACAAAGGGGCAAAGAGAGGCUUAAUGGAAACACAAAUGAAUAAGGGGAGUUUGAUAGACACACUUAUGGGGUAGAGAGGGUUAAGAGAUUCAUGGACCGUUAUGACAAACACACAAUGGGAUGAUGGGUGUGAAGCAAGACUCAAGGGGAAGGUGGAGCAGCAAACAAAAAAAAGUACGAUUCUGGUGGAGGGCAUCAGAAUUCUAACAAAGGUAUGCCUCUUGUUCUUCUAUCUUAGCACCUGUACCAGGGGUACAUUGGACUGCAUUGGACAACAACCUCCAGUUACAGGUACAUUUACUUCUUAAUUCCAGCACACUUGUGGGUUUAUUUAUUUAUUUUAAAGUUAUUUUUGAAUGUUUGGGGAAAUUAAGAAGUGAUUAACUCAGUUUACACCUGUGCAAGGUUAUAGGUUUUGAUAAAAAUAUAAAUCAAUAUAAUAUAAAUGAUAAAUUAUCAUAAUUUGUAAAUACAAAUAUUGGCAUAGUAAGUCAGAGCAGGAACUCAUCCUAAAAAUGUCCCAUAAGGUUAUAAUCUUUACACAAAUAAUAAUAAUUCUUGAUUUUUAAAUAUAUUUUUUGCUAUACCCUGUACUGUAGUUCACAACAUUCUGUAAUAAAAAGUGGAUUGCCUAUAGUAAAAUUAUAAAAAAAAAAAAGUAAAAUGUAAUGUAAGGUUUGUUGCUUGAAUCAUCCUAACUUUCCAUUUACUCUUGUGUGUAGCUUGUGCAGCUCCAAAGGUCUAUUUUGAUUGCACCAACCGAACUGCUGGAACCAAGGGAUCAGAAUGCCAGAAAAGCUGUCAGACCUUUGACAUGAACUGCGUAAGUCCAUAGAUGAACUCAUUCAGUCAAAUAAGUAGACCUAGUUCUAUCUACAGCAUAAACAAGCUUAUAAUAUCAACGUUCAUUGAAACCUAUAAGAACUAAUUCUAUGUGUCUCAAUAAAUCAACCUUGCUUAUUAAAAGAUAUGAGGACUGUAGCUGCUUUUAAUUUUGUGACUUGAAACAUAGAGCUUUGGUCAAGGUGUAAGGGCAACUUAAUAUGCAGGUAUUUAAUCUUUAUACAAAUAGGAGGUAGCUAGGUGAGGUAACUAUAAAAGUGUUGGAGCAGUAUCCUUGACAAAAAAAAAGUGCCUAAAUGAUGCUGAGCAUUGGAAAGCACAGGAAGAGGUAUUUUUAAAGAUAAAGCAUAAGGUAAUGUUACACUUUGUUACAGAAAACAUGCAAUAAAGUAAGGUCCAGCAUUGUGUACCUCUUGCAGAAGUUGUAGGAGUAAGCAAUAUUAGGAGCUAAGGAUUUCAGUUUGAAUAGAGUUAGGGUCUAAGGGUUAACAGGACUUAGGGUUUACCUACAUUCGAGAUGCUGUGCACUGUAACGUCCACUAUUCUUAACAAGACAAAGUAGCCCAAACUCUUAAAACCUUUUAAACCAGGCGUACCCAACUGGUAGAUCCCCAGAUGUUUUGAAACUACAACGUCCAUGAUUCUUUGUAAUCUAAAGGCAAGCAGAGGCAUCUUGAGAGUUUUGGUUCUACAAAAUCUGGCGAUCUACCUUUUGGGCAGCCCUGUUCGAAACCUAUGCUUUCCCUUAACCUUACCAUAAUCUUUUAUCUCAAAUAAUUUAUAUUGUAGGCCAGGGAUAGGCAACCUUCAGCACCCCAGAUAUUGUGGACUAUACCCCCCAUAAUGCUCUUAUACCCAUAAUGCUGGCAAAUCAUCAUGGGAGGUGUAGUCCAAAACAUCUAGGGUGCCGAAGGUUGCCUAUGCCUGUUGUAGGCUAAUUGUUUAACCCUUUUUGCAUUGUACUACAAGAGAAGGAACAUACAUAUUUCCAUUUUUAAACAAACAUUCAUGGUUACCACAUACUGAAAUGUAAUUUAGACUUUAGUUUCAAAUACCUGUGCAGGGUAUGGAAAUAUUUAGAUAUACACAUUUUUACGAAUGGAAAAUAAAAUGCUUUAAACAUUACCUGUUUAAUCUAAUGUAUUUUCUUGUUGCCACCUACAGUAUAGCACACAAUGUGUAUCUGGCUGUGUUUGUCCUAAUGGACUGGUAGCUGAUGAUAAUGGAGGAUGUAUUAGCGCAGAUCAAUGUCCAUGCGCACACAACAACGAAGUAUUUGCAGCUGGCUCUAGUAUCACCGUAAAAUGCAAUACAUGGUGCGUAUAUUUAACGUUUCAUUUUUGAAGAUUUAGAUCUGACUCUUUAAAUGUUGACAAUUUAAAAAUAUCCACAUUAUCACAGAAAAAAACAAAACAACUUUAUAAACAUUGAAGCCAAUAUCUAUGACAUUUUCGUAAUUAAAAACUAUUUUUUUUUUCUUAUAGUACCUGUGUAAAAAGAAACUGGGUCUGUACCAGUGAGGCAUGUUUGGGAACGUGUACUGUGUAUGGAGAUGGUCACUACCUUACAUUUGACAACAAAGGAUAUAAUUUCAAUGGGAACUGCGAGUAUACAUUGGCUCAGGUAAAUAUCUCCAAGCUACCAUAAAAAAAUCUAGAAAAUUCUACCAACUUUUCUUUUUAUCUCUAUUCUAGAAUAAAAUUAUCACCUACCAUUCCAUUUAAGUUUUAACAUUUUGAUUCUGGAACACUUAUCCUUUUUGAAUUUUAAACAUUACAUUCGAAGACAUUUCCUGCCUUGUUUGAACUGUGAUUAGUAUUCAAAACUAAAUUACAACACUUAGGCUAGCAUAAAUAAUAAAUUAUUUGGAACAAUUACCCAAUUUCCAAUAAUCACACACCAGGCAGAUGUAGUUAAUAACAUCUGGAGUGCUAAAAGUUGCCUAUCAUGACCUAGAUGAGUGCUGGCAUUGGUGAAGAAAUGUCCUUUUAGUUUCUCUUCAGCAUGUUGAUUUCCACACCAUAAUUUGUUUCAAUCUUCUGGAAAUUGUAUAACUAUAUUUUUGCUGCAUAUUGAGAAAAUGUUUAUUCUUCAAGCUUUUAUUGCUUUGUACUGAGAACAUUUUAUUGUUCAAGGCUAACCUGCUUAAAAUGCUCUAAAUAAACCUAGGCAGUCUUCCAAUUGAUUAAGUUUCAGUUUUUCAGUCUUCAUAAUACUUUACCUGUCUUCAAUGUAAUUGUUCUAAAAUUAUUUUAUAUAUUAAGCCUAUCGGAAUGGUUUCUGCCCUUGCUUUUUCUUCUAACUGAUAACAUAAUUUGACUGUUUGCUAUGCAUCCUGCAACUCUACCUGGCUAAUUUUCCUUUAUAGAUAAAUGGAAAAUCUAACUUUUUUUUUUUUUAAAUGCUAGGAUUAUUGUAGCAGUGGCUCUACUUCUGGUACAUUCAGAGUAAUCACACAAAAUAUCCCAUGCGGAUCCACAGGAACGACAUGCUCAAAAACUAUCAAGGUUUAUCUAGGAGUAAGUAAUCAUCCUCUUGAAUGUUUUUCUCUUAUAAUCUUGUAUGUCUUUUUAAGUAGAAAGAUAACAAACAUGUGCUAAAUAUGGUUUUAUUUUGCUCUUCAGAACUAUGAAUUUAUACUCAGUGAUGAGAAAUUUGAGGUGGUCCAGAGAGAUGUUGGAGAAUAUGUGCCAUACAAGGUUCACCAGAUGGGAAUAUAUUUGGUAAUCGAAGCAUCGAAUGGAUUGGUUUUGGUGUGGGACAAGAAGACAACUAUAUUUAUCAAGCUUGAGUCAACUUUCCAGGUAAAUUAUUUUAAAAUUCAGAUAUUAUUCAAGAAAACAUGCAUAUAUUUGUAGUCUCUUUAGUCACAUAAAUCCUGGCAACAGACAGGGGAUAUUUUCAAUGGCUUAGUGGUUUCCUCUGUAUCUCUGCCAAGACAGUGUGCCUGAAGAUGUCAUGAAAUCUACAGAGAGGUGCAAGUGUAGGGCAUACAAUGAUUAUAUAAGCAUCCGUAGAUCCUCAGUAUUGAGAAUUUACUGAACUUGAUGGUAACAGUUAGGCUUAUUAGACUUUCAAAGUCUAUUAUAAGAUAUUUCUCCUAGGUUCAAAGAAUGAACUUACUGGAAAGUAUCCACAGCUCAAGAACAGGCUUUUAACAUUUUGAGCAGGUGAUUCCAACAUAUACAAGAGGAUUUUAUUCCUUACAUUCACUAGUGACUCACUAGUGCCCAAUCCUGGAAAACCCAAAACUUGUAUGUAUGGGUGUAAUUGGAUCAUGGAUAAUGUAGGACCACUAUGUCCUAGAAAGAUUUUCUUGACCUUAACACUUGUAGCAAACGAAUAACAGAACCAGAAUAUUAAGCCACACAUGACCUAUUUUGUUGGAAAUGCCCUUCCUAAUAUUAUCUAAUUACUCUGAUCUGUAGCUUUGAUGACAACCCAUAAGGGGGACACAAUAUAGAUUAAAUGGAAUUUACAAACCACUGCAUUAUAGUUCUGAUGAUUUAUACAUAUACUAUUUGCAAUGCAGAGCUUGCAUUUUCGAAUAGUUUUGAUAUUUGUAUUGGCUUCACUAACCACCUAAUUAUGCAUCUCUUGUUUUCAGGGUAAAGUGUGUGGAUUGUGUGGUAACUAUGAUGGAAACGCUAAUAAUGAUUUCACCACCAGGAGUUUCUCAGUAGUAGGAGAUGUACUUGAAUUUGGUAACAGCUGGAAACUUUCACCAAGUUGCCUAGAUGCAAUUAACCUCAACGAUCCUUGCAAUCUCAAUCCAUACAGAAAAUCAUGGGCUCAGAGACAAUGUAGCAUCAUCACUAGUGCUGCCUUCUCGACUUGCCACCCCCUGGUAUGAAAUUUUAAUGUAUUUUUUUGAAAAUUAACUAAUAAAACACAUAUUAAAUCAGCUGUAAUGGGGAUGCUCAAUGAGAGUAUAACAUUUAAAUUGGAACUGACAAAUUUGGCAGCUCAAAAAAACAAACAAAAAUGUCACACAAAUGUACGUCCACAUUUAAAAGGGAACAUUACUUUCAGACACCCCUAUAUUAAAACACAAUAAAUGUAUACAAGCACCCCUUCAUACACCAACACUGUACAUUACACUGUAGCGCCAGUAAAUGCUGCAGCGCUGUACUGAUAUACAACCUAGAAAGUUUGACUAGGGGUGCCUUGGAAAAAUACUGAAAUAUUAAAGGCAACAGAACCCUGGUCUAUACCAAUUAAGCACUUGAUAAAUCAACCUAUUUUUCUAAACAAUAUGCUUAGUACAGUGGACUAAGUAAGGACUACCACUUAUUAUUCAAGCUCUAUUUACAGGUGGACCCAGUUAAAUAUUAUGAGACUUGUGUUAAUGACGCCUGUGCUUGUGACACCGGUGGAGAUUGUGAGUGCUUCUGUACAGCUGUAGCCUCAUAUGCCCAAGCUUGCAGUGAAGCUGGCGUAUGCGUUAGUUGGAGAACACCAAACAUGUGCCGUGAGUAUUACUUAAAACUAUUUGAUAGCUAUUCAAAGACCCUGAGGGUUGAAACUUUCAUCUUGAGGAUUCCACUAAAUUAUUGGGGUCUUCUUGUCAAAGAAUAGACUGUCACAGGUUCUGAGGAAUUUAAUGGUGCUUGAUGUUCUUACUAGUAAAUAUUCUGCUUGCAUACAGGUGACUCAGUUAUAGAUAAGGUUAAAUGCUGACAAGUUUUGAUUUCUGCAAGGUUUCACAUUAGUAUCAUAAAAUUUUUUUUCUUCAUAAUGAGUUACUACUAAUUAGUUACUACUGGGUUAGAAUUUGAAGAUUUUCAGGCUCAACUAAUUUCAAAAACUCGAAGUAGAAAGAGAGUAUACAUAAUUAACAUUGUGCUAUAUAUGUUUUAAUUGACUUUUAAUAUAAUGAUAUAAUUAAAUAUGAAAUGCUAUUUCUGUGCAUGAAAUACACAAAUGUGUUCAUGUGUCAAUAGUAAUUGUGUAUAAGCUAAUUAUUUCUGGACAGACCAAAACAAUAUAAUGUAAUAUAAUAUAAUGAUAUAUUAUUUUGAUAUAUUUUGGCAGAAAGCUUGCCAUAUAAUAUUUUUUUUUUUUUUACUUUCAAUGUCAAGAAAACAACUUGUUAUCUCUAGAAAACAAAAUGUUUUCUAGAGAAAGCCAAUUGUUUUUUGACAUAACAGGGCAGAUAAAUUGUAAAAAUACACAGCCCCUUUCAGAUUCUUCAGAUCUUUUUUCUCCAGUUUCUUUGGUUUUCUUCUAUAUUUAAGCAAAUGUUGAUUCCCCCAAACAGCUCUAUUCUGUGAUUUCUACAACCUUGAAGGGCAGUGUGAAUGGCACUACAAACCAUGUGGGGCACCAUGUCUGAAGACCUGCCGUAACCCAAGUGGAACCUGCUACCACCAUCUACCAGGCUUGGAAGGUAAGAUACUUUUUAAAUAGGCAACAAUGCAAUUAUGUUUCUUGUCUCCCUGCACCCGUUGUCUUAAUACUUCAGUAAAGCCCACUCAUUCAUUUAAAUAUAUGGCUAUUUAUGUACAUACAUUAACUUCAGAGGCUGCCCUGCAGAGCUUUCUGGAGUUAUAGUUUCCACAAUAGAAAUCAACUAGUUCAACUACAACUACCUGGAAAGCCCUCAUGUACAAGGAUUUCUGGAAUACAAUUAGGUCAACAUCGGGAAUGGAUGAGGCACUUCCUGGCUUGGGAAUAAUCUACUGCAGAGGUUGCAAAGCAUGGGUGUUAGUAGCAAAUGUUAGAAUUUAAAGUGAUAGAAGCUUUUUUUAUUUAUUAAUUGAUUUAGCAUUAUUGCAUGUUUUGUAGAACACAUUGUCAGUAUAAGGCAUUAAAGAGAAUGAAUCAACUCCAGCCUAUGUUCCUUUAUUUUAUUUAUUUAUGUUAUAUAUUCAAUAUAAAAAUCAUAGAGUAGUAAUUUCUUGAAAUGUUGUUGGCUAUUAAGUAGUUUGAAGCAACUUCACCUAUUCUUGAUGUUUAGGCAUUCUACACAAAGUUACAUUGUGUCAAGUAUGUACAUAUUGUCACUAUAUAAUAGAUGCUCAGUUGUUACAAAACAUACAGAAAAUAUGUUUUAAAUAUAUUCUUCGUACUUGCAGGUUGCUACCCUAAUUGCCCUGAAGACAAGCCCUACUUCGAUGAAGAUUUAAUGCAAUGUGUGCCAGUUUGUAACUGUUAUGAUAAAUAUGGCAAAAGUUAUACCAUUGGACAAUCAAUGCCUCCUGCAAGGAAUGGAACAUGCACAGCCUGGCAAGUAACAAUUAGGAAAAAUAUAUAAUGCAUCCACAAAUAGCUUAGAACACUCUAGGACACUCUAUUGUCUCUAGGAUAAGCACCUAAUAGGUGCUGCCGCAUGCUACAUAAAGGUGAUUCAAUUCAGGGCUCCUUCUUUCGUGGGUCCUAGGCAGUUGCCCUAGUUCUCCUAACAGGCUAUGAGUGCACCCAUGUACGCUCGUAGCCUGGUAUUUAGAACACAUGGAAUUCAGAACAGCAACAUAUGCAUUUUGACAGUCACCAAAUCUGAAAUUGUAGCAAAUUGAAAACUGAAUUUUAAAAUGUAGGCAAUAAUAGUUAAUAGCAAGAUUCUCCAAAAAUCUCAGCUUUUAGCCUACAUUUGUGCAAUUCAGUUUGUGUUGUAAUUUGGUGUUUGGUGACUAAACUCUUUUAAAGGUGUAUAAAAUAACAACAAAAUAAAACAAAAUACUUGCCUUCGUUCCUCUUAUUUGUAUAGUUCAAUCAACCAAAAAAAAAAAAAAUCUAGUAUAAAACAAAUAUAUACUGUAUUUCUUACAUAGAGAUCCUAAGUAUAUAUUAUAGUCUUGAAUGUUGUGUUCAUUGCUUUUCAUUACUAAGAUGAUAUGACUAAGUUGUUUGAGAAUGUAUGUGUAGGGUUCACCACAUUCCUCAUGUGAUUCAUAUAGAAUUGCAGGCUUGCCGUCAAGGAAAUAUGGGAAGUACUGAUUACCAGCCCUAAGGGCACUUUAAAUCUCAGUAAUCCUUUUGGGGAGAAAUAUUUCCCCAUCUGAACUGCAAGUUCUCUCACACAGCAGACCCAUUAUCUGACAACCCUUCAAGCUCUCCUUGCUGUCCCAACAGUUGUAGGAGGAUGUAAUGUGGCAUCACUUCCUCUCAGUACACAGAUUGUAAUAUUUAUGUUUUUUAAAAGUAUAUAUAUAUAAAAUAUUUUUAAUAUUAUAUUUUAAAAAUUUAUUUUAAAACUCUAUAAAAAAUGAAAUAAUUUUCAAAUAUUAUGCAAACAUAUUAAAUCAAGUACAAAUGUGUAUUCCUAAAGCUACAGUGGCCAAGUCAUCAUUUAGGUGAUCAUGCACACACUGCCGGGGUUAAAAGGUGAGUUUUAUUCAUCUUUUCUCACUUGUGAUACUGGUCUCAGGUGUUCCACUUCAUCUCUUUGAGAUCAUAGAAUCAUGGGAGUUGUAGGUUAGUAACGUCUGGAGGGCCGGAGUUUCGGGAAGCCUGAUCUAGAGGAUAGGAAAGCACUGGAGAGCUAGUGCACAUGUUUAGCAAAAUGCUGCACUGCGCCAAUCAUAUGAUCUCCCUUAGACCAUCUGAUUUAAAUAGUGGAAUAUUUUUACUCCACUAUUUUGGCUGAAACUCCUCUAGUGGCUGCCAGAAUGACACCCACUAGAGACCAGUUAAUCCUGCGAUCAAAAUAUUGCAUUCCUUCGGAAUGACAAUGUUUUCAGUUGGACAUGGCACUCAGAUCACUAGAAUAGAUGAAGAGUCCCUUUACGCUCAUAAAGAGUACAUCUUGAGGACAGGACAGGUGCCUAUAAGCAGGUACCUAAUCUGCUUUCCGUAAAUAACUCUUCUUUAAAAUGCAAUAUAAUACUAAUAAGCACUUUCCUUCUACCUUUAGUAACUGCACAGAAAAUGGAGAACAAUGUUAUGAUCUCACAGGUAUUUUGUUUUUCUUUCAUUUGAUUUGCAAAAUCAGACUAACUCUUUUUUCAUAGCUAAAAUGGAUAUAGUCAGUAAUCAAACAAUUUACCUUUACAAAUUUGCAUUUUUAAAAUAAUAAUAAUAUUGCUUAGCUUAAUGGGCAAAAUAUAUAUGUGAACAUUACUAUAGAAAUAAUUAUUUAACUAAAAAAAUGUGACAAAUUGACAAAGGAAUUAGCAGUGUAUGAAAAAAAAGAGCACACUGUGCUGAUGAUUGCACCAUGAGUACCCUGCAAUUCCUCCUCAUUGUAUAUAGUCAAACUGUGUUUGAAUGGUUUGACUUCAUCCUGGGUUCCACCAUGCUCCUCUUCCUGCCUCCACCACAGCUACAGGAGAGCAUGCAGUUCCUACUUAAGUGUUUCAUUUAGCUCUCUUGAGCCAAGUCUUGAAGUACAGGGCUAACUCAUUGACUGAAAGAGUUAGCUGAUCACUCCUAGCUAAUAAGCUAAGCCCUGCAGCACCAUGAUUGCCUAAGACAAAAAACUUUAAGCUCUCCUGUUGCUGUAGUGGGGAUGGGGAGCAGUGCCUUGAAGACCCCAAGUAAGAAGUCAAACCAUUAUAAAAUAGUUUUACUACUAACUGGGAGGAGGAAGUUCCAGAGUAGUCCUGACAUCAUAGCUACUACAAUGCUUAACAAUAUGGUUUUUGUAUUGUUCCAUUAAUGUAUCUGUAAGACUUAAAUAUAUAUAUUGUAGCAUAUAUAUCUGUUUCUGCUUACUAAAGACACCCCUUUUCUACAGAUUGUUGCCUUUAUGAUGGUCGGAUGUUUAAGAACAAUGCCAUAAUCUACAAUACUACCGAUGGCUUAGGAGGUUGUUUUACAGCUAUCUGUUCAAAUGGAAACAUCACAAGAAUUGUUGAAAAAUGUUCUACUACUACUACAUCAGUACCCACCACACCAUUCAGCUUCUCUACAACCUCUCCGGUUACUGUAACAACUACUCCUUCAGUCACGAGUCCAAACAUUACAACAGUCACAAAAGGUACAUUAUGUAAAAUGUAUAAUAAAAUAAAGUGCAUGCAACCUAAUAUAUUGUUUCCCACUAAGAAAAGAAAACUUAACCUUCAUAAAUCUUUAUUUUUUAAAGACACUUGUUAAUAACUGGAGUUCAGUAAUAAGCCAGUGAAUUGUAGUGUAUUGAAAAGUAAGGCUCAUACAUAUAUAUUAUUAUUAUUAUUUGUAAAGUGCCAAAAAAUACCACAGUGCUGUACAAUUGGUGGAUUAGCAGACACGUGCUUGUAACCAGAUGCAUUGGACACACAGGAACAGAGGGUUUGAGGGCCUGCUCAAUGAGCUUACAUGUUAGAGGUAGUUGGGUAUUGUGACACAAAACUUGUGGACAGCCAUAUGCAUUGAUGAUAACGAUAAUAUGUGGCAUACGUGUAAAUACCCUCUUAUAUUCCAUGUGGACAUUGUAGUGUGUAUUACUGUUUUUAGGGUACCUUUAGAUGGAUAUUUCCAGCAUGGUGCACAUGUGCAUUUGUUAUAUUAUUAAUUUUGCUAGUUAUAUUUUAGUUAUAGUGCUUCUUAUUACUUUAAUUGUUGCAACAAGGAAUCAUUAGUUAAUAUUUUUAGUGCACAUGAUCAAGUCAGAAGAAGUAUCUGUUGUGAUUACUCUGCUCAUCAACAAGUUGAUUGUGGGGUAUUGGUUACAUGAGAUUGUGAUUUCUCCUUGUGUUGCAAACCAAAAUUUAUGAGCUGGAACAAUUCCCCAGCUCAGGUAUAGUCACAGCUGUGCUAUUUUAGUCUGUAUUUAGUCUGAACUUUGCAAACUAGGUUUUUAAAAUUCACCACAAAUAUAAAGGGACAACGGUAGUCACACUGAUUCUACAUGUACUCAUAUACCAGUGACCAAUAAUACACAUGCAAAACUGGCUGAAAAAAAGUGGUGUCUUCCAGACUAGAACCAGUGCCAUGCUGAUGAGACCCACAAGGUUGAACCUGCAGUCCAUAGCUGGCUCCUGGUCAUUAAUUCUUUUUGCUCAUAGCCAAUGCUUUAGUUUAAAUAAAGCUGUGUUCAAAGCAGUGUCUAUUGCUAAUGGUAGCUGCAAAAAUCCAGUAUGAAGUCUUAAAUACGAUGCUGAUCUAUGCUCAUUUGCAUGUCAAGUUUCUAUGCCCAAGAAGAACUCUAAAUGUCAAAUGUGAGUUAUGUAAUACAUGACAGGAAUGUUUCUAAAGGUAGAUGUAUUUUUGUUCCUGUACAAAACUGUAAUUUGAUGAAUACUACCUAAGUAAGCAUGGCAUCAGGUAAUUAAUUUAAGGAAUUAAGUAAAUUCACAACGUUUUGGGGGCUAAGACACCCAUGAGUGAAUAUGUUUGCCAACAUAUUUUUUGAGUAUGUAUGUGUUAGUGUUUGUCUGUAUAUAAGAAUGUAUAUGUAAAUUUGAGUGAUGGCAUACGCUCAUAUUACAUGCAUAUGUAUACAUUUGUAUGCAUCACAUUUGUCCAUCACAACGUAUAUAUACAUAUAUAUAUGUAUAUAUAUAUAUAUAUAUAUAUAUAUAUAUAUAUAAAUAUAAGUUGUUGGCCAAAUGGGAAUGUGUGUACGUAAGAGUGUAAGUAGUUAGUGUGCAUUAUAACCUCCAUCUCUUUUUUUCUAAAUUGCUUGAAAUUUUUUUUAGUUUAGAGUUUAUGAUUCAAUUUAAGGGUGCCAAAUUAAAUCUUACCUAGGUAUCUACUACUCAAUCUACAGUAUUAUUAAGUUUUAUGUACUUAUACCUGUAUCAUAAAAUUAAAUAGCAUUAGCAAAUAUAUCUUGAAAGUAAACAAAAGCCAUUUACAAAGGAAAUAUUAUACAAUGAGAAAUCCCAUACUAAUAAUCAGGCCCUAAAAGUUACUUGUCACUGCAAGACAUAGCAUAGUCACCAGUGGUGAAUUUGGACUCACAAGUGCUACAUUUGGAGCCCUGUUAUACAUAUAUUACAUUAUUAGUAUUAUUUACUACAUUAUAAAAUUUAACUAUUUGCAUCACUAUUUUCUUAUUUCUGCAGUGUGCGCUGAGUGCAGUUGGUCACCUUGGUAUGAUAUCAGCUAUCCAUAUGUUGGGGCAGACUCAGGAGACUUUGAAACCUUUCAAAAUCUAAAGAAAAGUGGCUACAAUAUUUGUGAUGCUCCUCGAAGUGUUAAAUGCAGGGCAAAGGCAUUUCCUAAUGAAAAAUUAGAAGAUUUAGGGCAAAAAGUAACAUGCAGCAAAGAAAUUGGAUUAAUCUGUUAUAAUAGUCAAAAUUUUCCAGUGUGCUACAAUUACCAAAUUAGCAUUGAAUGUUGUGGUACCUAUGCAGAAUGUAGUUCACCAACUACUCCAAGUACUUCUGUAAGUCCAACGACAACACCUACUGUCAGUUCACCGAUUACUGGAACAACAUCAUCAAGCACUUCAACACCAAUCACUACUUCUCCUACUUGUACUCAAAUGGAUUGCCGUUACACAGAUUGGUUUGACUUCCAUGCUCCUACAUCAGACAUACGAGAUGGAGAUAUUGAAACUAUUCAGGAUAUUAAAUUAAGAGGAUAUACAGUAUGUAGCGAGAAUGAAUAUGAAACUAACAUACAAUGUGAACCUAUUAAUUACGGGCAGACACAAAUUGGGCAAAAAAAUCAAAGUUAUCAAUGUGAUUUAAGGAAUGGAUUGGUCUGCAAAAACAUAGAUCAAAAGAGCUCAUCAAAUAUAUGCUACAAUUACAGAAUUAGAAUUGAAUGCUGUUCUAAGUACUGUGAAAAAUCUGUCCCAACCACCACUUCUGUAAUCACCUCAAGCCCUCCAACAAGCACCUCACCUAUUUCUGAAACAACUCCAGGAUCAGCUACUUCAGUUAUCACUUCAACAACAACCCCAUCUUCCACAACAUCUAUUGUAACAGAAACAAAAACCCCUACUAUCUCUGUAUCAACUACUUCAAUUCCAACGACAUCAAUCACACCUCCUACAACCGAGUUAACCACCCCAACUACUACUACUUGUACAAAAAUGGAUUGCCGUUAUACAAACUGGUUUGAUUUAAAUCAACCAACAUCCAGCACAAACGGUGGAGACAUUGAGACGUUGGAAAAAAUUAAAGCCCAGAAUAUUGCUGUCUGUACAGAACAGGAAAUAGAAACCAACAUACAGUGUGAAGCAGCAGUAAGUGGAGGAUCGCAGAAACAAGUUUAUACUUGUAAUCUAAAGAAUGGACUAAUUUGCAACAACAAAGAUCAAACUGGCUCCAGCAUUUGCUAUGACUAUAAAAUAAGAAUUGAAUGCUGUUCUAAGUACUGUGAAAAAUCUGUCCCAACCACCACUUCUGUAAUCACCUCAAGCCCUCCAACAAGCACCUCACCUAUUUCAGAAACAACUCCAGGAUCAACUACUUCAGUUAUCACUUCAACAACAACCCCAUCUUCCACAACAUCUAUUGUAACAGAAACAAAAACCCCUACUAUCUCUGUAUCAACUACUUCAAUUCCAACUACAUCAAUCACACCUCCUACAACCGAGUUAACCACCCCAACCACUACUACCUGUACAAAAAUGGAUUGCCGUUAUACAGACUGGUUUGAUUUAAAUCAACCAACAUCCAGCACUAACGGUGGAGACAUUGAGACGUUGGAAAAAAUUAAAGCCCAGAAUAUUGCUGUCUGUACAGAACAGGAAAUAGAAACCAACAUACAGUGUGAAGCAGCAGUAAGUGGAGGAUCACAGAAACAAGUUUAUACUUGUAAUCUAAAGAAUGGACUAAUCUGCAACAACAACGAUCAAACUGGCUCCAGCAUUUGCUAUGACUAUAAAAUAAGAAUUGAAUGCUGUUCUAAGUACUGUGAAAAAUCUGUCCCAACCACCUCUUCUGUAAUCACCUCAAGCCCUCCAACAAGCACCUCACCUAUUUCAGAAACAACUCCAGGAUCAACUACUUCAGUUAUCACUUCAACAACAACCCCAUCUUCCACAACAUCUAUUGUAACAGAAACAAAAACCCCUACUAUCUCUGUAUCAACUACUUCAAUUCCAACUACAUCAAUCACACCUCCUACAACCGAAUUAACCACCCCAACUACUACUACUUGUACAAAAAUGGAUUGCCGUUAUACAGACUGGUUUGAUUUAAAUCAACCAACAUCCAGCACUAACGGUGGAGACAUUGAGACGUUGGAAAAAAUUAAAGCCCAGAAUAUUGCUGUCUGUACAGAACAGGAAAUAGAAACCAACAUACAGUGUGAAGCAGCAGUAAGUGGAGGAUCGCAGACACAAGUUUAUACUUGUAAUCUAAAGAAUGGACUAAUCUGCAACAACAAAGAUCAAACUGGCUCCAGCAUUUGCUAUGACUAUAAAAUAAGAAUUGAAUGCUGUUCUAAGUACUGUGAAAAAUCUAUCCCAACCACCACUUCUGUAAUCACCUCAAGCCCUCCAACAAGCACCUCACCUAUUUCAGAAACAACUCCAGGAUCAACUACUUCAGUUAUCACUUCAACAACAACCCCAUCUUCCACAACAUCUAUUGUAACAGAAACAAAAACACCUACUAUCUCUGUAUCAACUACUUCAAUUCCAACUACAUCAAUCACACCUCCUACAACCGAGUUAACCACCCCAACCACUACUACCUGUACAAAAAUGGAUUGCCGUUAUACAGACUGGUUUGAUUUAAAUCAACCAACAUCCAGCACUAACGGUGGAGACAUUGAGACGUUAGAAAAAAUUAAAGCCCAGAAUAUUGCUGUCUGUACAGAACAGGAAAUAGAAACCAACAUACAGUGUGAAGCAGCAGUAAGUGGAGGAUUUAAGAAACAAGUUUAUACUUGUAAUCUAAAGAAUGGACUAAUCUGCAACAACAAAGAUCAAACUGGCUCCAGCAUUUGCUAUGAUUAUAAAAUAAGAAUUGAAUGCUGUUCUAAGUACUGUGAAAAAUCUGUCCCAACCACCACUUCUGUAAUCACCUCAAGCCCUCCAACAAGCACCUCACCUAUUUCAGAAACAACUCCAGGAUCAACUACUUCAGUUAUCACUUCAACAACAACCCCAUCUUCCACAACAUCUAUUGUAACAGAAACAAAAACCCCUACUAUCUCUGUAUCAACUACUUCAAUUCCAACUACAUCAAUCACACCUCCUACUACCGAGUUAACCACCCCAACUACUACUACCUGUACAAAAAUGGAUUGCCGUUAUACAGACUGGUUUGAUUUAAAUCAACCAACAUCCAGCACUAACGGUGGAGACAUUGAGACGUUGGAAAAAAUUAAAGCCCAGAAUAUUGCUGUCUGUACAGAACAGGAAAUAGAAACCAACAUACAGUGUGAAGCAGCAGUAAGUGGAGGAUCACAGAAACAAGUUUAUACUUGUAAUCUAAAGAAUGGACUAAUCUGCAACAACAAAGAUCAAACUGGCUCCAGCAUUUGCUAUGACUAUAAAAUAAGAAUUGAAUGCUGUUCUAAGUACUGUGAAAAAUCUGUCCCAACCACCUCUUCUGUAAUCACCUCAAGCCCUCCAACAAGCACCUCACCUAUUUCAGAAACAACUCCAGGAUCAACUACUUCAGUUAUCACUUCAACAACAACCCCAUCUUCCACAACAUCUAUUGUAACAGAAACAAAAACCCCUACUAUCUCUGUAUCAACUACUUCAAUUCCAACUACAUCAAUCACACCUCCUACAACCGAGUUAACCACCCCAACUACUACUACCUGUACAAAAAUGGAUUGCCGUUAUACAGACUGGUUUGAUUUAAAUCAACCAACAUCCAGCACUAACGGUGGAGACAUUGAGACGUUGGAAAAAAUUAAAGCCCAGAAUAUUGCUGUCUGUACAGAACAAGAAAUAGAAACCAACAUACAGUGUGAAGCCGCAGUAAGUGGAGGAUCGCAGAAACAAGUUUAUACUUGUAAUCUAAAGAAUGGACUAAUCUGCAACAACAAAGAUCAAACUGGCUCCAGCAUUUGCUAUGACUAUAAAAUAAGAAUUGAAUGCUGUUCUAAGUACUGUGAAAAAUCAGUCCCAACCAUAAAUUCUAUAACAACUGCUAGCACAGUCUCAACAACCCAAUUAUCGAGUACUUCAGCAAUUUCAACAAUAUCAACAUAUUCUGUAACAUCUUUAAUAACAAUCCCACCAUCAGAACCAUAUAUUGUUACUUUAACUCCUUCAUCCACCACACAAACAGUCCCAGAAACAACUCCUACAAAGACAGUUUCAACAACGACAUCAUCUAGCACACCUACAACUUCAACAGUAUCAACGUCCUCUGAAACAACAUCCCCAACCACUCCUUCAUCCCCCACACCAACUGUUUCUGAAACAACAACAAGCACAGUGUCCACAACCCCAUCAUCCAGCACACCAACCAUUUCAACAGUUUCAACUACCUCUGUAACAUCGUCGCCAACAACUCCUUCAACCACUACACCAACGGUCACAGAAACAACUCCUACAAAGACAGUUUCAACUACCACAUCAUCCAGCACACCAACAACUUCAACAGUAUCAACAUCAUCUCUAACAACUUCACCAACAACUCCUUCAUCUACCACCCCAACUGUUUCUGAAACAACUCCAACAAGCACAGUAUCCAAAACUCCAUCAUCCAGCACAUCAACAAUUUCAACAGUUUCAACCAGCUCUGUAAUAACUUCACCAACAAGUCCUUCAUCCACUACACCAACGGUCUCAGAAACAACUCCUACAAACACAGUUUCAACAACCACAUCAUCCAGCACACCAACAACUUCAACAGUAUCAACAUCAUCUGUAACAAGUUCACCAACAACUCCUUCAUCUACCACUCCAACUGUUUCUGAAACAACAACAAGCACAGUGUCCACAACCCCAUCAUCAAGCACACCAACCAUUUCAACAGUUUCAACUACCUCUGUAACAACUUUGCCAACAACUCCUUCAUCCACUACACCAACAGUCUCAGAAACAACUCCUACAAAGACAGUUUCAACUACCCCAUCAUCCAGCACACCAACAACUUCAACAGUAUCAACAUCAUCUGUAACAAGUUCACCAACAACUCCUUCAUCUACCACUCCAACUGUUUCUGAAACAACAACAAGCACAGUCUCCACAACCCCAUCAUCAAGCACACCAACCAUUUCAACAGUUUCAACUACCUCUGUAACAACUUUGCCAACAACUCCUUCAUCCACUACACCAACAGUCUCAGAAACAACUCCUACAAAGACAGUUUCAACUACCCCAUCAUCCAGCACACCAACAACUUCAACAGUAUCAACAUCAUCUGUAACAAGUUCACCAACAACUCCUUCAUCUACCACUCCAACUGUUUCUGAAACAACAACAAGCACAGUCUCCACAACCCCAUCAUCAAGCACACCAACCAUUUCAACAGUUUCAACUACCUCUGUAACAACUUCACCAACAACUCCUUCAUCCACUACACCAACAGUUUCAUCCACAGUUUCAACAGUCUCAGAAACAACUCCUACAAAGACAGUUUCAACUACCCCAUCAUCCAGCACACCAACAACUUCAACAGUAUCAACAUCAUCUGUAACGAGUUCACCAACAACGCCUUCAUCUACCACUCCAACUGUUUCUGAAACAACAAGCACAAUCUCCACAACCCCAUCAUCAAGCACACCAACCAUUUCAACAGUUUCAACUACCUCUGUAACAACUUCGCCAACAACGCCUUCAUCCACUACACCAACAGUCUCAGAAACAACUCCUACAAAGACAGUUUCAACUACCCCAUCAUCCAGCACACCAACAACUUCAACAGUAUCAACAUCAUCUGUAACAAGUUCACCAACAACUCCUUCAUCUACCACUCCAACUGUUUCUGAAACAACAACAAGCACGGUGUCCACAACCCCAUCAUCAAGCACACCAACCAUUUCAACAGUUUCAACUACCUCUGUAACAACUUCACCAACAACUCCUUCAUCCACUACACCAACAGUCUCAGAAACAACUCCUACAAAGACAGUUUCAACUACCCCAUCAUCCAGCACACCAACAACUUCAACAGUAUCAACAUCAUCUGUAACAAGUUCACCAACAACUCCUUCAUCUACCACUCCAACUGUUUCUGAAACAACAAGCACAAUCUCCACAACCCCAUCAUCAAGCACACCAACCAUUUCAACAGUUUCAACUACCUCUGUAACAACUUCGCCAACAACGCCUUCAUCCACUACACCAACAGUCUCAGAAACAACUCCUACAAGACAGUUUCAACUACCCCAUCAUCCAGCACACCAACAACUUCAACAGUAUCAACAUCAUCUGUAACAAGUUCACCAACAACUCCUUCAUCUACCACUCCAACUGUUUCUGAAACAACAACAAGCACAGUCUCCACAACCCCAUCAUCAAGCACACCAACCAUUUCAACAGUUUCAACUACCUCUGUAACAACUUUGCCAACAACUCCUUCAUCCACUACACCAACAGUCUCAGAAACAACUCCUACAAAGACAGUUUCAACUACCCCAUCAUCCAGCACACCAACAUCUUCAACAGUAUCAACAUCAUCUGUAACAAGUUCACCAACAACUCCUUCAUCUACCACUCCAACUGUUUCUGAAACAACAACAAGCACAGUGUCCACAACCCCAUCAUCAAGCACACCAACCAUUUCAACAGUUUCAACUACCUCUGUAACAUCUUCACCAACAACUCCUUCAUCCACUACACCAACAGUCUCAGAAACAACUCCUACAAAGACAGUUUCAACUACCCCAUCAUCCAGCACACCAACAACUUCAACAGUAUCAACAUCAUCUGUAACAAGUUCACCAACAACUCCUUCAUCUACCACUCCAACUGUUUCUGAAACAACAACAAGCACAGUCUCCACAACCCCAUCAUCAAGCACACCAACCAUUUCAACAGUUUCAACUACCUCUGUAACAACUUCACCAACAACUCCUUCAUCCACUACACCAACAGUUUCAUCCACAGUUUCAACAGUCUCAGAAACAACUCCUACAAAGACAGUUUCAACUACCCCAUCAUCCAGCACACCAACAACUUCAACAGUAUCAACAUCAUCUGUAACGAGUUCACCAACAACGCCUUCAUCUACCACUCCAACUGUUUCUGAAACAACAAGCACAAUCUCCACAACCCCAUCAUCAAGCACACCAACCAUUUCAACAGUUUCAACUACCUCUGUAACAACUUCGCCAACAACGCCUUCAUCCACUACACCAACAGUCUCAGAAACAACUCCUACAAAGACAGUUUCAACUACCCCAUCAUCCAGCACACCAACAACUUCAACAGUAUCAACAUCAUCUGUAACAAGUUCACCAACAACUCCUUCAUCUACCACUCCAACUGUUUCUGAAACAACAACAAGCACGGUGUCCACAACCCCAUCAUCAAGCACACCAACCAUUUCAACAGUUUCAACUACCUCUGUAACAACUUCACCAACAACUCCUUCAUCCACUACACCAACAGUUUCAUCCACAGUUUCAACAGUCUCAGAAACAACUCCUACAAAGACAGUUUCAACUACCCCAUCAUCCAGCACACCAACAACUUCAACAGUAUCAACAUCAUCUGUAACGAGUUCACCAACAACGCCUUCAUCUACCACUCCAACUGUUUCUGAAACAACAAGCACAAUCUCCACAACCCCAUCAUCAAGCACACCAACCAUUUCAACAGUUUCAACUACCUCUGUAACAACUUCGCCAACAACGCCUUCAUCCACUACACCAACAGUCUCAGAAACAACUCCUACUAAGACAGUUUCAACUACCCCAUCAUCCAGCACACCAACAACUUCAACAGUAUCAACAUCAUCUGUAACAAGUUCACUAACAACUCCUUCAUCUACCACUCCAACUGUUUCUGAAACAACAACAAGCACAGUCUCCACAACUCCAUCAUCAAGCACACCAACCAUUUCAACAGUUUCAACUACCUCUGUAACAACUUUGCCAACAACUCCUUCAUCGUCUACACCAACAGUCUCAGAAACAACUCCUACAAAGACAGUUUCAACUACCCCAUCAUCCAGCACACCAACAACUUCAACAGUAUCAACAACAUCUGUAACAAGUUCACCAACAACUCCUUCAUCUACCACUCCAACUAUUUCUGAAACAACAACAAGCACAGUGUCCACAACCCCAUCAUCAAGCACACCAACCAUUUCAACAGUUUCAACUACCUCUGUAACAACUUCACCAACAACUCCUUCAUCCACUACACCAACAGUCUCAGAAACAACUCCUACAAAGACAGUUUCAACUACCCCAUCAUCCAGCACACCAACAACUUCAACAGUAUCAACAUCAUCUGUAUCAAGUUCACCAACAACUCCUUCAUCUACCACUCCAACUGUUUCUGAAACAACAACAAUCACAGUGUCCACAACCCCAUCAUCAAGCACACCAACCAUUUCAACAGUUUCAACUACCUCUGUAACAACUUCACCAACAACUCCUUCAUCCACUACACCAACAGUCUCAGAAACAACUCCUACAAAGACAGUUUCAACUACCCCAUCAUCCAGCACACCAACAACUUCAACAGUAUCAACAUCAUCUGUAACAAGUUCACCAACAACUCCUUCAUCUACCACUCCAACUGUUUCUGAAACAACAACAAGCACAGUGUCCACAACCCCAUCAUCAAGCACACCAACCAUUUCAACAGUUUCAACUACCUCUGUAACAACUUCGCCAACAACUCCUUCAUCCACUACACCAACAGUCUCAGAAACAACUCCUACAAAGACAGUUUCAACUACCCCAUCAUCCAGCACACCAACAACUUCAACAGUAUCAACAUCAUCUGUAACAAGUUCACCAACAACUCCUUCAUCUACCACUCCAACUGUUUCUGAAACAACAAGCACAGUCUCCACAACCCCAUCAUCAAGCACACCAACCAUUUCAACAGUUUCAACUACCUCUGUAACAACUUCGCCAACAACUCCUUCAUCCACUACACCAACAGUCUCAGAAACAACUCCUACAAAGACAGUUUCAACUACCCCAUCAUCCAGCACACCAACAACUUCAACAGUAUCAACAUCAUCUGUAACAAGUUCACCAACAACUCCUUCAUCUACCACUCCAACUGUUUCUGAAACAACAACAAGCACAGUCUCCACAACCCCAUCAUCAAGCACACCAACCAUUUCAACAGUUUCAACUACCUCUGUAACAACUUUGCCAACAACUCCUUCAUCGUCUACACCAACAGUCUCAGAAACAACUCCUACAAAGACAGUUUCAACUACCCCAUCAUCCAGCACACCAACAACUUCAACAGUAUCAACAACAUCUGUAACAAGUUCACCAACAACUCCUUCAUCUACCACUCCAACUGUUUCUGAAACAACAACAAGCACAGUGUCCACAACCCCAUCAUCAAGCACACCAAUCAUUUCAACAGCUUCAACUACCUCUGUAACAACUUCACCAACAACUCCUUCAUCCACUACACCAACAGUCUCAGAAACAACUCCUACAAAGACAGUUUCAACUACCCCAUCAUCCAGCACACCAACAACUUCAACAGUAUCAACAUCAUCUGUAACAAGUUCACCAACAACUCCUUCAUCUACCACUCCAACUGUUUCUGAAACAACAAGCACAGUGUCCACACCCCCAUCAUCAAGCACACCAACCAUUUCAACAGUUUCAACUACCUCUGUAACAACUUCGCCAACAACUCCUUCAUCCACAACACCAACAGUCUCAGAAACAACUCCAACAAAGACAGUUUCAACUACCCCAUCAUCCAGCACACCAACAACUUCAACAGUAUCAACAUCAUCUGUAACAAGUUCACCAACAACUCCUUCAUCUACCACUCCAACUGUUUCUGAAACAACAACACACAGUCUCCACAACCCCAUCAUCAAGCACACCAACCAUUUCAACAGUUUCAACUACCUCUGUAACAACUUCGCCAACAACGCCUUCAUCCACUACACCAACAGUCUCAGAAACAACUCCUACAAAGACAGUUUCAACUACCCCAUCAUCCAGCACACCAACAACUUCAACAGUAUCAACAUCAUCUGUAACAAGUUCACCAACAACUCCUUCAUCUACCACUCCAACUGUUUCUGAAACAACAACAAGCACAGUCUCCACAACUCCAUCAUCAAGCACACCAACCAUUUCAACAGUUUCAACUACCUCUGUAACAACUUUGCCAACAACUCCUUCAUCGUCUACACCAACAGUCUCAGAAACAACUCCUACAAAGACAGUUUCAACUACCCCAUCAUCCAGCACACCAACAACUUCAACAGUAUCAACAACAUCUGUAACAAGUUCACCAACAACUCCUUCAUCUACCACUCCAACUAUUUCUGAAACAACAACAAGCACAGUGUCCACAACCCCAUCAUCAAGCACACCAACCAUUUCAACAGUUUCAACUACCUCUGUAACAACUUCACCAACAACUCCUUCAUCCACUACACCAACAGUCUCAGAAACAACUCCUACAAAGACAAUUUCAACUACCCCAUCAUCCAGCACACCAACAACUUCAACAGUAUCAACAUCAUCUGUAACAAGUUCACCAACAACUCCUUCAUCUACCACUCCAACUGUUUCUGAAACAACAACAAGCACAGUGUCCACAACCCCAUCAUCAAGCACACCAACCAUUUCAACAGUUUCAACUACCUCUGUAACAACUUUGUCAACAACGCCUUCAUCCACUACACCAACAGUCUCAGAAACAACUCCUACAAAGACAGUUUCAACUACCCCAUCAUCCAGCACACCAACAACUUCAACAGUAUCAACAUCAUCUGUAACAAGUUCACCAACAACUCCUAUCUACCACUCCAACUGUUUCUGAAACAACAACAAGCACAGUGUCCACAACCCCAUCAAUAAGCACACACCAACCAUUUCUCAACACAGUUUUCAACUACCUCUGUAACAACUUCUUGUCAACAAAUGCCUUCAUCCACUACACCAACAGUCUCAGAAACAACUCCUACACAGACAGUUUCAACUACCCCAUCAUCCAGCACACCAACAACUUCAACAGUAUCAACAUCAUCUGUAACAAGUUCACCAACAACUCCUUCAUCUACCACUCCAACUGUUUCUGAAACAACAAGCACAGUGUCCACACCCCCAUCAUCAAGCACACCAACCAUUUCAACAGUUUCAACUACCUCUGUAACAACUUCGCCAACAACUCCUUCAUCCACAACACCAACAGUCUCAGAAACAACUCCAACAAAGACAGUUUCAACUACCCCAUCAUCCAGCACACCAACAACUUCAACAGUAUCAACAUCAUCUGUAACAAGUUCACCAACAACUCCUUCAUCUACCACUCCAACUGUUUCUGAAACAACAACAAACACAGUCUCCACAACCCCAUCAUCAAGCACACCAACCAUUUCAACAGUUUCAACUACCUCUGUAACAACUUCGCCAACAACUCCUUCAUCGUCUACACCAACGGUCUCAGAAACAACUCCUACAAAGACAGUUUCAACUAGCCCAUCAUCCAGCACACCAACAACUUCAACAGUAUCAACAUCAUCUGUAACAAGUUCACCAACAACUCCUUCAUCUACCACUCCAACUGUUUCUGAAACAACAACAAACACAGUCUCCACAACCCCAUCAUCAAGCACACCAACCAUUUCAACAGUUUCAACUACCUCUGUAACAACUUCGCCAACAACUCCUUCAUCGUCUACACCAACGGUCUCAGAAACAACUCCUACAAAGACAGUUUCAACUAGCCCAUCAUCCAGCACACCAACAACUUCAACAGUAUCAACAUCAUCUGUAACAAGUUCACCAACAACUCCUUCAUCUACCACUCCAACUGUUUCUGAAACAACAACAAGCACAGUCUCCACAACCCCAUCAUCAAGCACACCAACCAUUUCAACAGUUUCAACUGGAGGUCCAACCUCUUCUCCUCUUUCUACUGUACCAACCAUUACAGAAUCAAGUUCUUCUUCUGGGUCAACUACUUCAAGUUCAACUGAGACUACUUCUUCCACUACAACUACUGCUGUGUAUACUGUUACUGUCACUUCUACUUCUGGAACUACCACAUUGUCAUCAACACCAUCAUCAUCAGGUUUUACUUCUUCAACCACACCUACAGUUAGUUCUACAAUAUUUACAACAAGGGUUUCAGAAUCUACUCCUAUCUUUUCUGUAAAAACUACACCUUCAUUAUCAUCAACCUCAUCACCCUUGUCUGUCACCACAACAUCAUGCUUCUGCAAAGUAAAUGAAGUCCUCUUUUCACCAGGUAAGCAGAAAUGUUUCUUUUAGUAAUGUAAAUGUAUUAAAUAUUCAUUCACCUUUUGUUUAUUAAAGGGACACUAUAGUCACCAAAACAACUACAGCUUAUUGAAUUUGUUCUGGUGAGUAAAAUCCUUACCUUCAGGCUUUUUAUUGUAAACACUGUCUUUUCAGAGAAAAUGCAUUGUUUACAUUACAGUCUAGUGAUAACUUCACUGGCCACUUCUCAGAUGGCUGUUAGAUAUCCUUUCAGGGUCAUGGCUGCCUAAAAUGCAUCCGAACAUUUAGUGUCUCUUCCCUCUGCAUGCAGACACUGAACUUUCCUCAUUGAGAUUCAUUGAUUCAAUUCAACGCUAUGAGGAAAUGCUGAUUGGCCAGGACUUUGUUUGAAUUGUGCUGGCUCUGCCCAUGAUCUAUCUCCUUGUCAGUCUCAUCCUAUGGAGAAGCAUUGUGAAUGGAUCAGGCCACCACCUCUGAUGAUGUCAGCAGGCAAUGAGUAGGUGAAAAGGAAACAGGGACAAAGCCAGCAGCUUCAGACUUGAAUACAAGCAAAUUUUUUUUUAUAUUACAGAGGCAAGAGAGAGUCAGGAGGGCUAGAUGAUGGUUUUUUGUAACCCUUUAGGGUCAGGAAUACAUAUUUGUGUUCCUGACCCUAUAGUGCGCCUUUAAAGUCGAACAAAUAAAAAGCUAAAUUACCUACAUUAUUUUUUUUUCCACAUUGUGAACAUGGUUCUAGAAGCAUGUUAAAAAGGAGUUGUACUUAAAUUACUGACAGAAGAAAUUUGUUUUAAACCCUUAUAUCCAAAAUAACUGGAUAUACAUUCUGUUGGAUCCUGUGCUCCAACUUAUGAAGAUAUAAAGUACCUGGUGCUCUGGUCACAUUUGUAUAGAAAGGUAAACAUACCGGCACUCCAAGGGUUUCCAAAUAUAAACCUUCCUUUAUUCCAUAUAUCGGUCAACGUUUUAGCUCCUCUGUGGAGCUAUAAUCAGGACACCCCCUCAUAAUUCCAAUCUAUAACACAAACAUGUAUAUAUAUUGUUAUUCAUACAAAUUAAUACAAAGCAAGAGAUUCCCUUAUAUGGUUUUCGCACAGGAACCUCACGAACAGAGACCGGCCAGGGCACCUAUUCUCCUGGAACUAUUUGGGGCUACCAGGUCGUGUCUGGCCGGUCAAAUCUUAGACACAAUGCCGUUCCCGUUCUACCAAAUGAAUCUGAGUGAUUCUUGGAUAUGUUGGUCUCUUAGACCAAUCAGGGAAUAGAAUCAGGGGCUAUCAGGGAAUCUACUUUUUGUGGGGUUCCUAUGUAUAGUUGGGGGACUUUGAGGGUAGGGAAUAUUUCUGGGAUUUUUUUUGUACCUGAGAGAUAAUUAAAUUGGAAGAGUUUACUCGGGCGAUUAUCUCUUAGGCACAAGGGAUCCUGGGAUUGAAACCCUUACAUUUUCUGCCUGUGAGACCCCUUCCAUGGGAGAUGGCAUAAAAGCCGUGUAUGUGUGAAUAAAAUUCAGUUAUACUCCCAGAGUUGAGUGUCGUCCAGUUGCUGAGGAUGAGGUGGUAGAUUCUUGGAUUGCUUUACAUGUUCCUGACUGUAAUUUGGUGUAACCAGCAGGACAUCCCUGCGAGGACUAGGGCUCUGCUACAAUUUCAUUUGUACUAAUGUGGGAAAUAUCAAGUAUUCAGCAUCAACUCAAAGUGACUUUCACAUUGGUAGGCUAAUACAGUAAAACUGGAAUAAUUCUUACAGCUGAAUAUAUUUUGAAAACAAGAAAAAACAAGUUUGCGCUAAGUAUAAAUUGAAAUAAGUGUGGAUGUAUAUAUCUACACUAAAGAAUCUUCUCCUCAAAGGCUUGUAGAAAAAAGACACGUUUUUAUUCCUCUGUAAAUUUUUAAGUAUAUCUAAGUUUUUUCUAUCACUAUAUAUAUAUAUUAAUAUAUAUAUAGUAAAACCAAAUAGUGAUAGAAACUGCUUAGAUAUACUUACAAAGUCCCAGAGGAAUGUAAAAAGGGUAUUUUUUUUCUAUACGCCUUUGAGGAGAUACUUUAGAGAAGAUCAGUCAAAGGUCCUCCUUGGCAUUCAAAUAAAUAAGGUUUUGAUUCAGGUAGGGAGUUCUCUUAUUGGCAUCUCAUGUAAAAUAUAAGCAGAAAAGAAAAACCAAUAGUGUGACCCAGUAUGUUCAAUAUCUCAAUUAUGUGAAGAAAAAUAAUGCAUUCACAAGGAUAGAGCUUCAAAUCAGCUCAUAAAUAAGGCUCUGAGUGAUAUAAUCCCCACUCAGGGAUGAAACUGGAAUUUGUCUCUUGUGAAAAUUACUCAAAAAUUUCAAGAGCACCUUAUGCUCAAUGAUAUCACUUUAGGUCGAAUGAUUCCCAUUGAGGAUAUAUAUGAGUAGAUGUAGAUGUUGUGAUGAUCCCUGGAGAGGCUCCUUUAAGAUGAUGAAAUAAAUGCAGGAUAAAAAAUAAAAAACAUGAGAUUUUGAGGGUAAAAACAAUAUAUAUUGUAAUAUACCAUACAAAAUGAAAUAAAAGCAAAUUAAAAAAAGUCCUUCUGAAUAGUCACAAUCGGUUUCACCCUUGGGCUUUCUCAAGUGACCACUGUGAACACUCAAAGAGAAAGAUUCCAGCUUCAUCCCUGAGUGCUCUAUCCUUGUGAGUGUAUUCUUUUUCUUCAGAUAAUUGAGAUAUUGAACAUACUGGAUUGCACUAUUGAUUUUUCUUCUCUGCUUAUAUUUUACAUGAGAUGCCAAUAACUUCUUACCUUAAUCAAAACUCUUAUUUAUUUGAAUGCCAAGGAGGACCUUUGACUGAUCUACACUAAAGAAUCUCCUCCUCAAAAGCUUAUAGAAAAAAAGACACAUUUUUAUUCCUCUGUGACUUUUUAAGAAUAUCUAAGUUAUUUCUAUCACUAUUUGGUUUUACUGUGUAUAUAUAUAUAUAUAUAAAGCCUUGCCAGUGUGGUUGUCCUGGAUCAAUACCUGCUAAAAGUCCCAUAUGGGGACUGAAAUGUUGAGCCCAUGUUUUAAUCUUGCUAAAUAAAGAAGAAUUUUAUUGGAAACCGUGAGUGCUGCCAUGUCUACUACUAUCUGGAUAUUAAAAUCCCAGGCUAAGCACCCGGCAAGUAUUUAUACAUAUAACCUGAGUGCAAGGAUUUAUCACAGCAUUUAUAUAUAUAUAUUUCAAUUUAUACUUGGAGCAAACCUGCUUUUUCUUGUUUUCUACCUAUUUUUUUCCUUUGGAUUGUUAGGGUAUCCAAUUAACGGAAUCUGCUGGCAUUUGAGUGAGCGCUGUAUCUCCCCCUCUCUUUGUUACUGAAUAUAUUUUGAGUUUGGCUUCUUUGGGCUACAUUUAAAAUUGACUUAGAAUUCCAUACAUUUCACACAUUUAAUGAAUAAUUUUAUAAAAUGAUGUUCUUUUUGUAAUAGCAUAAAUUUUGCUUUAUUUUGCAUGUUUUUUUUUUUUUACUGAAUGCAUAAGUGGUGAAGUGACUAGACCACAAAAAUACCCUAAUAAACCAGAUAAACCAGACUGUAAAACAAUUCAAAUCAGUUUGUCUUCAUUUUAAUUAUUCUGGCAUAAAAUUUGAAAUUCACACCUAAUUCCUGAAAAUAUAUGCCUGAAAUACCUUGUCAAUAGAUACGAAGCAGCCUCAUUGGAACAAUAAGUGUAACGUUUUGGCCUUUGCAGAAACCUUUGAUAAGCUUGGCAAUGGCCUCUGUAUAGGCAAAAACAUUGCACUUCUUGUUCCAAUAAAUCUGCUUCAUAAUAGAUCUGGAGUGCCUUGGCCAUAUUUACUUCUUAUUUGUUGUAUUGGGGUUUACCCGCCCUAGGUCUGGAUAACCUAGAUUCUAAUGUAGCAGUGCAGUAUCUGUUCCUGUGUAAUUACCAUAUUUGAAAUACCUUGUCAUACUUGGCCAAACUAGAGUUUUUUUCUAAUUUGAGUAUAUUCGUCUAAAUCAUGCAAGUAAGUUGUCUGCCCACUGCAAUCCAUUAGCAAGUGAAUUUAAUCAUCUGAUUGUGUAAAAUUAAGAUAAACUUUAGUAUAAUUUAUUUUUUAAACAACUGACAAUAUACAGUUAAAGUGAAGAGUAAAAUAUGUUUUCAGGAGUAUUUUGAAGAAUUACAUUAUAUUUCAGGUGAAACAAUCUACAGGACGAAAGAUAAGGAUGGCUGUGAAUAUUAUGCAAUAUGUGGUAGUCAGUGUACCCCUGAAAGCUUUGUGGACAACUGUGUCACGUCAUCCCCCACUGUCUCAUCAACACCAACCACUGUUCCUUCAACACCAACCACUGUUCCUUCAACACCAUCGACAGAGAUUACUGUUUCAUCAACACCAUCAGUAUCAAGAACCACACCUUCAACAACUUCUCCUAUAUCCAGUCCCAAGCCUACAACUGCUCCUGUAUCAAGUACAAGUAAGUAAAUGCUUUUAAUGAUAUGGUGUUUAGAAUAUGUGUUUUUGUGAUAUGAUAUGGUGUUGCUACUUAAUGGUUUUUAAAAGACUGCAGCAUCUAUUGGCAACAAAAUAACAAGCAUCAUUACUAUAUUGCCAUAUGGCAAUAGCAGGAAGUUAACUCAUAUUAUUUAAGAAGUUUAGUUCGUAUUCUUUUGCUAGCUGGUACUUAUUGGAGUAGAUAAGAAUCAUCGUGGUGGCAACACUGUAAAUCUUGUUUGUAAUCUCCUUUAACAGCAUCUCACAUAUGUGACUGUCAAAUGCCGCAAUGUGGUCCAGGCUUCCGUGUCGCAACACUAAUGCCUUAUGGAGCAUUCUGCCCCAACAUUACAUGUGGUAAGUAUCUAUUACUUGACUGUACAUGAUUUUUGUCUCUGUGUCCAUCCCUCAUUCUCUAUGUGUGUAUCUUUCUGUCUAUCAAUCUAAUGGCCUGCAUGAGAUUAGUAGGAGUUACACUAGCUAGACUCCUGAACAGCACCUUGUCACAAUUACUGUGUGACCCAACACACAGAACUAUAUUAACACAAACAACGUAUACCUUAGAAUGGCCAGACUUAACGUAAAAGAGAAUGGUCAAAAAACAAGCCAAGGUCGGGGAUACAGAAGGAGACAAUACGAAUAACUAGCCAAGGGUCAGGAUACCAGAAGAAGGAAAAGUCAAAAACAAUAGCCAAAGUCAAUAACCAGAAAAAUAUACCAUGAAUGCGCUCUCUGACAAUCAACAAGUGGAAACCAUGACAGGGCACUGAGAAAAGGAAUUACAGGGUUUUAAUAUGCCUCUCAGUGCUGUGAUUGGUUAGUACAUGGCCUUGACCCCAAAACGUGUGUGUGCUUCGAUAACAUGACAUCACACGAACGCCGGCACCAUCUUUAAUGUGGGCAGUGCACCCUUUAACAGUAAGAAUGGGACCUUAGAAUGCCGCACCAGCCAGGAUCCGUCUUCUUGGAGUUUUGGGCAGCAUUCCGCCCUGAUCCAGGUAAGUAAAUGUUUUCCUUUUCUGCGUGACUGCCCUGCUCAUGUGCGGCCACGCUGAUCAGGGACUUACUUUUAUCUGAAGUAUCGGCGUGGCCGCACUGAUCAGACGCGUCCGCGUCGAAACAGACCCCCUGCGCCGUGACACACCUGAAAGAAGGUGAAAUUGCUUCAGCAUGGCAUUUUGACUUGUGCAAAUCUCAGACAGUUCAGAAACAUGUAUGUUUGGUAAUGUAGGGAUUAAUGUGUUAACUCAAUACAUUAAUCCAUACAUUACCAAAUGUGCUGCAAUAUCCAAUAAGCAUUAACCCCUAUUUCCAAUACUACUCCAGCACUAAACCCAAUUUAAGAUUGUCAUGUAAUAUAAAAUAUACAUAAUGGUGAGGGCAUGUAUUAGAGGAAAAUAAUACAGAUUAUAAAUGAAUAUAUAUAUAUAUAUAUAUAUAAAUAUAUAGUUGCAUGGAUCAUCUUUCUGCUAUCUGAAGGCCAUAAUCUGAGACAGAUGCAUAGUACAGUCUACAUAAUGGUGAACCAUACAUAAUGGAAAAAUAAAGCAAUUGAGAAGAGAUUAACCAUGAGAUCGGAACUUGAGUCUCAAGAACCCCAAGAUUAUUAUUCUGAAUUAUUUUCCCAUAAUGCAUGGUUUAUAUGCAUUUAAAUAUGUAUGGAAGCUACUAGGAUAGUGUGCGGUUGUUAUAAAGAUUCCAUUCUUAACUGUUCCAACACUGAGACAAAGGAAACCUCCACUGGCAUGAACAUGUGUGUGUGUGUGUGUGUGUAUAUAUACAAAUAUAUACACACACAUUAUAAUUAGAUAUGAAUUGCAUAAAUAUUUAUUGGUAACCCUCUUUCCCACCAAAAGCCAGCCUUACUGUGGGGGUCAGGGUGUCCAGCAGAACAUAACAUUUACACUUAGUUUGCAGUAGUGUUUGGUUCCACUUUUUAGUAUAAAUGAACUGCUGCAUAGUUAGUACUUACUGUGGCAUACCCAUGGACUACUGCCUCAUCUUAAGGCAUAUUUAGUAGUGUAGGUUGGCAAAGUGGUAAAUUCCUCUCUGCUCCUCAAAAAACAUUUACAUUUCUAACUUUAAGUUAUUUGGCCCAAAAAAAAAAAAAAAAAAAUAUAUAUAUAUAUAUAUAUAUAUAUAUAUAAAACAAAGCCAAUUCCUGCACUCCAACCCAAAUCCAACAGUACCUGGUGCUCUGGUAGCAACAAUCACAAAUCCAAGAAAAAUACCGGCACUCCAGGCUUUUCAAUCUGAAAGAUACUUUUAAUCCACAUCUUCUGUCAACGUUUCAGCUCCUCAUGGAGCUUUCAUAUAUAUAAAGAAGUAUACAUAUAUAUAAAGAAUUAAUUUAUCCAUCAAUUAACUAACAUUUUUGCCUUCAUUUUUUUAACAGUUCCUGAAGCCGUUUGUGUUGUGGGAAAUGAAGUAUACCAAGUAAGAUAAUACUAUAUUUUACAAUGUUGGAAAUUUUGUUUAAUUUAACAGCUGAAUUUAUAAAACAUCAAUAAUUAUUUUAGAUAAAGUAUGCAUUGCUAAUUUAAAAAUGUACAAUACAAGGAGUCAAUGUGUGUUUGUUUUGAAUAGAUCAGAGGCAGAAAAUAUAAUUUUAGAAUGUUUUGUAGAUGUUAGACAGAAAAUGUAGUUAUGUUGUCACAUAACCUGCUUUACGUUAGUAAUUUGUAGCAGUGAAUGUAGAUUCCCAAAAUGUCAGGACAAUAUGUAACAUUAUUGGCACAAGUGUCAUUGUAAUAACUUUAUAUAACUUUUAAUACGAUAUGAACAUUGCCUUUGUGCUGGAACCAUUAUUCUGUAAAAAUAAUAUAAUUCCACUUUACUGAAAAAGGCCAAAAUAAUUAAAAAGAAAUCUAUAAUCAUCAACAAUAUAAAGUAAUUUGCAAAUUUACUAAAAUUCCAUAAUCAGUAUAAUGUGAUGUUAGAGACUAAGGAUAUUUUCUAUGUUGUGUGUACAAUAGUAUUUUUAAUUAAAGCAUCAUUAACUAAAGGUUUAGUUUAAGCACUAUAACCACAUCUGCGGUCUGUUUUGGUUAAGAUGCAAAGGUCCUGCGUGUGCAGAGUUUCAAUUUGAAUUGCUGCCGGAUCUGAGAUACUAUUUACCUUUGGUGCAGAGUUGUAAUACUCUACCUCUGGCUCUUGUCAAUCAGAUAAACUUUAUUUCUGAACUGGCUAUAGUACUUUUAUCCAAGUUUUCCACUUGCACACCACACACACAACUGGGGCUAAGCCCUUUCUCCUCCUUAGUGAAAGAUCCAAGCUGUGGACUGCAUUAGUGUAGGAUGCAGCUCUGUAAAGAAGUUAAAGGGACACUAUAGUCACCAGAUGAUUGUAGUGUUGCUGGUGUCCGUAGCAUUUCCCUGCAGGUUUUUCACUGUACGCACUACCUUUUCAGAGAAAAGGCAGCGUUUACAUUGCUGCCUAGUAACACCACUUGUGGCAGUCACUCAGGCAGCCACUAGAGAUAUUUCCUAGUCCAGCGAUGAACAAUGUGCUGCACUGCCAUUCAGCGGCUCGACACUCUGAGGGGAGUUACUGAACGUUCCCAUAGAAAUGGAUUGAUUUAAUACAUUUCUAUGAAGCAAUGCUGAUUGGCGCAGCAUGGCGUUUUGCAAAGAUUGAUGAUGUCAGCCAUGGAAGUGAAGCCAUGUGGGACCUGUUGUGGCAAAACCGGCAGUGUGGGAGAAAAGGGUGAGCAAAAUCACCAUUUCAGUGAAAUCGGAGCGAAGCAGGCCACCUAAAAUACCACAUUAGGACUAGUGUUCCAUUAUCUUGGCCCUAUUCACUAAUCAUUGAACUAGUCUGAAAAACUAGUAUACUUACAUUAUAGGACAGGAGUCAAAGAUGGGUUAGCCCGCAUCUGCAGGGAAACCCACAAAAGAGUGCACAGAGGGAAUUUUAUAUGUAUCUUUAUUUUUAUUUUUUUGCAUUAUUCUUUUAAUGCAUUACAUAGAAACAUAGAAUGUGACGGCAGAUAAGAACCACUCGGCCCAUCUAGUCUGCCCAAGUUUCUAAAUACUUUCAUUAGUCCCUGGCCUUAUCUUAUAGUUAGGAUAGCCUUAUGCCCAUCCCACGCAUGCUUAAACUCCUUUACUGUGUUAACCUCUACCACUUCAGCUGGAAGGCUAUUCCAUGCAUCCACUACCCUCUCAGUAAAGUAAUAUUUCCGGAUAUUAUUUUUAAACCUUUGCCCCUCUAAUUUAAGACUAUGUCCUCUUGUUGUGGUAGUUUUUCUUCUUUUAAAUAUAGUCUCCUCCUUUACUGUGUUCAUUCCCUUUAUGUAUUUAAUUGCCUAUAUAAUGCAUUAAAAAGGUAGUAAUAUUUACCCCAUAGAUUUUCUUUAAUGUGGUAGGGUGCUGCAAUUCUAUUUAUUUUAGUUUACUUAGUUAAAGUAUUAGGGUUUAAUAUACAGGUUGACGUUUAAAUGUAAGGAUUUACCAAAGUAAAUUUUAUUAACUUUACAAAUUAACAUUUUUUUUUUCUCUAGCGUGGUUCAAACAUACCACAGGCCAAAGAGGUCUGCCAGACAUGUACUUGCUCCUAUGAUAUGAACAUGGGUUCCGACUUUUACGCUAUUAAAUGCCAACCUAUUGUGUGUGAUACAACUUGCCAGCCAGUAAGUUCUACUUUCUCACCUGAGUAUAAUGUUUUGUGAUUGCUGGCAACAUAUUUUUAUAUGGAUUACAUGUUUUCUAUAAUACAAUUUUACUUAAAAAAUACAAUUUUAAUAGUAAAUGAACCUAUUAACCACUUCACUGCCUAAAUCAAGAAAUAAAAUUUUUUACAUUCUUGUAUUUUACAUUACGAAAUGUAGUCAAUAAAGCCUCAGUCACCUUAAUUUAUACUCUAGUUCUGAAAACCAGCCUGUAAAAUAAUGCAUUUUUCUACCAGAAGCCACUAGUAACUGAAAUAAUGCCUGUGAAUUUGCUGACAAUGUAAGCUUGCUCUGGCUUUCAAACAAUAAAAGAGGUUUCAAUGGGUUAUAUUAUUCCUAUGGUCAGGGAGGGGAGAGGAGUGAAAUGACUCUAAAAUGUCACUGUUAGAAUUUCAUUAGUAUUCCAGAUUGAUAAAAAUUGUUAUACCUAAUUUAAAUAUUUUUAUUUUUUAACAAUCUGUGACUUAACUAUAUUACUUUAUGUUGGCUAAUACUUUAGAAUACAAACAAAAAAUGAAACAUACAUUCUAGCGCCCUUUGUCAAACUAUUAUUAACUUAUGUAUAAAACAGAAGCCUGGGCUGUUAUGGAUGUCAAACUCCAAAUCUCCACUAGAGUAAUCAGACAACAAUAAGAAAAAAACAAACCAGCAGAUUUGACCAUCUGGUUACUGAAUUUGUAAUCCAAUAAUAAAUUAGAUUAGACACUUCUCCUCUAGUCCUUUACAAUGAACAAAGGAAGGUGUUUUUUUAAAAAGCUUUCUGCAGCCUUGCAGACUGAAACAUCACAAUAUAUUUUCAUAGAUAAUUUGAGUCUUGUAAUACUUUUUAUGUAUUUAAUUGUUUUCGGUUACUUAACAUAUUUUUGUAUAUGUUUGUAAACAUUAUGUGUCUCUUAAAAUGGGUUCAGCAUCAUUGGUUAUAUUCUUUUUUUUAUCUUCACUCACUAGGGUUUUGUAUACAAACAGAGGUCAGGAGCAUGCUGCGGUGAAUGCGUGGCCCAGCAGUGCACAAUGAAAAGCGAUAAUGGUACAAACGUAGACAUUCAGGUAAGUGUUUUGUAAUAUUUCACACGCAGAUGCCUCCAAAUUUAAUUAGAUUUACUGCAUUGUUCAUAUUUCCGGCAGUAAAUGAUUAAUUUACAACCACCUGCAGUAAUAAAUAAUAACAUUGAAAUGGUCAUUUACUAAAGUGAAUAAUUGAAAGUGAAUUUCAAAAUUUAGCCCAAAUUAGCCAAAUUAGAAAAUAUUUCAAUACAUUUUCAGUUUGAAAAUUUUAAUUUUAAGUUUUAAAUUCACUUUCUCUUUUCAUUGAACUACCCUAAUAAUGUUUCAUUUUUAUUACUAUUAAAAUAUUGUCAAGAAAAAUCUGCCACGUGGUCCAUUUGAUACAAGAAUUUGCCUUGUAUUUUCUACAAUGUCCAAAAUACAACACGAGUUACAACAUGGUACCAAUUUUUUAUUCAUUUAAAAAAAAUGGAUUAAAGUUUGUUCUGGUUUUCCAAUUAAUUACUUAGGUAGAUAAUCUUGUUCAUUAACAUUAAAGGGAUACUAUAGUCACCAGAACCACUAUAAAUGAAUGUAGUGGUUCUGGUGGCUAUAGCAUGUGCCAGCAGGCAUUUUAAUGUAAAUGCAAGUGUUUAUAUUGCUGCCUAGUAACAACUCUAAUGGCAGUCACUCAGAAAGUCAUUAACCCCUUAAGGACCAAACUUCUGGAAUAAAAAGGAAUCCUGACAUGUCACACAUGUCAUGUGUCCUUAAGGGGUUAAAGUGCUACCAAUCUAAGUGCUCCACAGUGUGCAGUACAUUCAGCAUCUCCACACUCUGCAUGGAGUCGCUGAACAUUCCCCAAGGAGACAAAUUGAUACAACACAUGUCUAUAAUGAGAUGCUGAUUGGCUGAUUGGAGAGCGUGUGCAAUAACCUCUCAGUGCUUUCAUCUGGGAUUGGCUGAGAUCAUCAAGAUUGUGUAUUCCUGACACUAUAGUGUUCCUUUAGAGCACCCUUUAGCAGGGCUGUAUUUCUCUAAUUACUCAACUGGUCUUCAUAAAGGAAGCACUUAGGAUGGACACAUACUUUGAAAUGAAAUGGACUGCUUUACAUGUUAAUUCUAAAGGUAAGAGUACAGUUAAUUACCCUUUUCUUUUCCUUUUCUUAGAUUGGACAGGUAUAUCAUCCAACAGAGAGCACCUGCUCCUACUAUGAAUGUCUUGAAGAAAAUGGACAGCCUAUCUUGACCAAAGUGAAGACUGUGUGCCAGGAUAUAGACAUCGAUAAAUGUGAACUGGUAAUUUAUGGUUUAUUUCAUCUAAUAUUUUCCUAAUGUAUGUGGUAUCCCUUGUAAUUAAGCACAAUUACAUUACAAUUAUUAAAUUACAAACAAGAUGACUUUUCUCAGUCUUUGGAAAUUCAAUUAAAUUUUAACUUAACAAGAUACAUUAGAUAUUAGGUAACUGAAAAGGUAAUUUUUUUAUUGCUAAAAAGUCCAAAUGAUUUUAUUUACAGAAUACACUCACAUUUGAACCUAAUGGCUGCUGUAGGACGUGUACAUACAAAACUGGUAAGGAAAAUCUAGACUUGUGUCACUUCUGAUGCUAUCAGAUAAUUAAUAUACAACUCAUUUUAGAUGACAUGAUGGCUGCAAUAUAGAUAUAAAGUGCAGAAUCAUUGAGGAAAUUAUAUAAGUGAAUGAUUUAAUAAUACCCUUUUGAUUAAGGCGAUCUUAGUCAUAUGGAAAUAAUUCAAAUUAUAAUUUGUGAGAAGAUUAGGGGGAAGACUGUGAAUUAGGCAUAAACUCUGUAGUUUUCCUCUCAGUAAGUAAUUUUUUCAAGUCUCAUACAAAUGUUUAGUUUCUAUGUGCCAAUACAGAGGGGAUUUAUACUAUAUCAGUUUAGUCCCACACACAUGAAUAGUCCAGAACCCAAAUGCUGACAGGUUCCCACUGUACAAGAGAUAUAGCAACCCUAAACAAUUGUUUCAGUAUUCUUUAGAUUUCAUCCGCAACAUGUAGUUGAUAACCUUCUGGGCAAAGUGAGCAAGAUGUCCAUGUCUAGAUUACCCUUUAGACUUAGGGAGACCCACAAGACAUGCAAAUACACACUUUAAUUAGACAAGCUGCAACACUCUUGUUGGUGUGGGUUUUUUAUGUGUACUGAUUGGCUUGCUCAGUGUUGCCAUUUUAGUCUUUUAAUUAAUUUAAUUGUGUGCUUUCAUUAUUUAUAGUUAAUGUUGUGAAGACACCUGAAGUGAUCGAAGACUGCAGUGCUCGAAAGAAUGUCACAGUUUUGCAAGAAGGCAAAUGUGAACUGCAAGUAGAGCUCACAUACUGUGGAGGACCCUGCAUGGGAACAUCUAUGUAAGUCACCAACUAGAGUAGAUUUAUAAAUGAUAUAUUGAUUUAAUCCCUUCUUUAAAUUAUUGGUUGCUAUGUUGAACUAUUUUUUUUAAUCUGAAAUAUUUUAAAUUCCUUAGAAAGUGUUCUGAUAUAAAAUAUUAAAGGUUUGCAAAAAAGGAGUAAUGAGAAUUUUUUUUUUUUUAUUCCAGGUAUUCCAUGAGUACAAGGAACAUUAAUCAUCAAUGUACCUGCUGCACAGAAAUGGCUGUACAGACAAAGACUGUUCAACUGCUUUGUGAUGAUGGAACAUACAAGAGCUACAGUUAUACUGAUGUGGUUAGCUGUGGCUGUGCCGGGGCAGUGUGUACACCAUCUGUAUAG